AUGUCCGCCCAGGAUGUCCAGAGUUUCUUCCAGCCCUUGUCCUCAUGGAUGUCUCGGAUCUAUGAGGCUGUCCAGGAAGCAGGCGACUCCAUAUCUUCUUCCUUCGCCAACCUGGGAAGCAAAGCGGAUCCCCAUCCCACUGAAGAAGGAGACGAGGGCUUAGAAGACAGCGAUGAUGGGUCUUACGAACGUUACUCUGAAGCUUCAGACGAUGGAAGCACCUUUAGCCAGGAGAGUGGAGAAUCUGAUGACUUCUCAUCAUCUGCUCAUGAGCCUACUUCUCUGGAGUCUUCCUGUGCUUCAGAGCUGGGUUUUCGUUGGCAAGAAGGAGACAAGAGCAGCCCCACCUUCUCAGAUCAGUAUCUCGAUGAUGACCCCUUGACUUCCCAUGGACUCUAUCCAAGCUACAAGGGCUACCAACUUAUGGAAACCAUCCCGGAGGAAGAGGAGCAUUCCAAGCAGAGUAAGAAUCUUCUACAUAACUGUGAUGGUAAGUUGGUGUCCUCCUAACCUCUUUAUUUUGCACCCACUCUCCAAGAAAAACAUGGGGUUGCUGCCCCAAAGGGUGAUCCCUUUCAGUUCCUACCACGUGACUUCGUGUUCUUACACAGUGCAUUUCUCUCCCUCUACUUUAUAUCAUUGGUUGGCAGGGAAAUGCAAGGUGUAAUGACAUCAGGACAUGGGGCAGGUUAUGUCAAAAGUUAUGAAAGCAGAGGCAGCCAUUUCCCCUCCAUCUCCAUACUUACUUGCAGAUAAUGCUUCGCAGAGGAUAAAAGUUAUUAGCAACUCCUUACGACAGAUUAUAGGGACGCGGGUGGCGCUGUGGGUUAAACCACAGAGCCUAGGACUUGCCGAUCAGAAGGUUGGCGGUUCGAAUCCCCGCGACGGGGUGAGCUCCCGUUGCUCGGUAGCAGCUCCUGCCAACCUAGCAGUUUGAAAGCACGUCAAAGUGCAAGUAGAUAAAUAGGUACUGCUCCGGUGGGAAGGUAAACAGCAUUUCCGUGUGCUGCUCUGGUUUGCCAGAAGCGGCUUAGUCAUGCUGGCCACAUGACCCGGAGGCUGUACGCCGGCUCCCUCGGCCAAUAAAGCAAGAUGAGCACCGCAGCCCCAGAGUCGGUCACGACUGGACCUAAUGGUCAGGGGUCCCUUUACCUUUACCUUACGGCAGAUUAUGGUUCCUAGGGAUUCCAACUUUAUCCUGUGCUAAUCCUGCAUCUGACAGCAUUGGGGAAGAGAUGCGUUCUGCAUCACUGAAGCCAAUGAAGUUAGUUGAUCCAGAAUGCUGGUUCUAAAAGUAGUGGCAGUCGUGCAUUAUUACAAACUAGGGUUGCCCCACGGCAGGAAAUUUCCUGACACAGCAGGUAUUUCCUGGAUAUUAGCAGCAUCUGGACAGAAUGUAAUUUAAGCGCAACAGCUUUUUGUGUCUGGAUUUUCACUUUUUGAAAUAUGGCAACCCUGUGACAAGCCAUUGCACAAAAAUGUAUUCGGGGCCCCCACUCUCAAUUUAGUUUGAUUAUGAACCAGUAUCUAAUUCCAUUAGACACGUUUGUUAUGAGAAGAAGAAAUCUAAUUUACCACGAAGUAUAUGUCUUUAGAAUGCAUAUAAGUUAUAGGUGCAUCUUUAUGCGUAAUGUUAAUUGACAUGACACAGCUAUAUUUGAAUAUAUUGGCAGAAAGUUGGAUGACUUAAGAUAUGCUUGCUGGCAGCUCUAUAUCAGCACAUGUCUUAGCCUUUGAGAAAUUUCCACCAUGAGCCCUUGUAUUGGUUAGCGGUGGGUGCAUGCCUGUCAGAGAGGGGGAAAAUAAAAGCUAAUCAGAACUAUAAUACAACUGCCCCUUGUGUUGAAAUUAUUGUUUAUGAUCAUUUAUGAAGAUUUCCUGGUUUCUUGAGACUGGAUUUAUUUAUUUAUUGUUUAUUUAGAUAUUUAUAAAACACACUUUCAUAAACAAAUCAGGGUAUAACUUUAAAAACAUGUCAGAAUUACAGCAACAAAACCACCCAUAAAUAUGGGUUGGUAAAAUAUUCACAUUCCGAACAACAGAGUUUUCUGAAGAUCACGAAAAGAAGGCAGGGAGGGUGACUCCUUCUGUACCUCUAGUGGCAAGGAGUUCCACAGGACACCGCUUGACAUGCUAAAGACUCAGUCCCUGGAAAAGGCCAACUGAGCCUUAGGGGCAUUGGGGACCUUCAAAAGUACCCUAGAAGAUCUCUGUGAAUAGGAAUGGAGCGUAAGGCAGUCCUGCAGGUGCGAAGUUGUUUAGGGUUUGUGAAUUAAUGCCUUGAACCAGGCUAGGUAGUGAACUGGUAGCUGGUUGCACUAACAAACCUUUAUGACCCUUACAUGUGAGCUGAAUUCAGAGACAUCUCCAGCCAUGGGAGAUUCCUGAUUCUGUACGGUAGUUAUAAAAACUUCCAGACGCAAGCUCUGAUUAAGUUCCUAACUGCCACUGCAAAUCCCCCUCCCUCCAAUCUGUUGUGGAAUACCACAACAAUUUUGAUGCCUUCAUGAGUGAGUCCACAAGCAAUUCCUACUCUGUACAUGCCAAUUUAGAGAUCAGACUUUGUUUCACGGCACCAAGAUUCUCAGGACGCCUCUUUGCUGCAAAAAGGCCACGUGGGAAAACCACACGCUUCUCCACAUCCGCCCUACGAAGUCCUCUUAAGGUCUUCACUCCGCAUCUCAAGAUGUACUUGUUUUUCUGCUGGAGGCAUGAACUAAAUAUCUUCCCCACGCCACUUGGAGAUACAACAUGGACAAAGGGAAACAAGUGUUGGCUGGCGAAGGAGAAAGCAAGCCUUGACGUUCCACGGAAAGUCCAAUUUCUGGACACGGAUUCUGAGACUGAAUACGGAUUCUCUCCAGGCAAUUCGGACGUUUCUCCCUUCGCAGUGCUUCUCUGAAACAUUAUUGACAUCUCUGCAGCACACAGGGUUCUUUUCCCCUUGUUUUCUCUGCCGGUUUCCUCCGUGUUUGGUGCCAGACAGCUUUUCCACUGCUUCUUCUCUGCACGUAUAUAAACCACAGUUUCCCAAACUUGGAUCUCCGUCUGUUUUUGGACUACAACUCCCAUUGUCCCUAGCCAGCAGGACCAGUGCUCAGGCAUGAUGGGAGAUGUAGCCCCAAACCAGCCGGAGACCCAAGUUUGGGGGAACCCUGCCUUAACCAUUAACAUUUAGUCCCAUCCCUUCAGAGUUCUGGGCUGGGCCUGACUUCAGUGUGUCCCUCCAUCCCUAGUCCUGCUCUGGGAACAGUUAAAUUAAGGGCCAGUGUGGUGUAGUGGUUAAGUGCGGUGGGACUCGUAAUCUGGUGAACUGGGUUCGCUUCCCCGCUCCUCCACAUGCAGCUGCUGGGUGACCUUGGGCUAGUCACACUUCUCUGAAGUCUCUCAGCCCCACUCACCUCACAGAGUGUUUGUUGUGGGGGAGGAAGGGAAAGGAGAUUGUUAGCCGUUUGAGACUCCUUAAGAAGAAGAAGACUUUGGAUUUGAUAUCCCACUUUAUCACGACCCUAAGGAGUCUCAAAGCGGCUAACAAUCUCCUUUCCCUUCCUUCCCCACAACAAACUGUGAGGUGAGUGAUGCUAAGAGACUGCAGAGAAGUGUGACUAGCCCAAGAUCACCCAGCAGCUGCAGGUGGAGGAGCGAGGAAGUGAACCUGGUUCACCAGAUUACAAGUCCACCACUCUUAACCACUACACCACAUUGGCUGUAGUGAUAAGGUAGUGAUAAAGCGGGAUAUCAAAUCCACCACUCUUUUUUUCUUUCUUUCUUAAGCUGCCCUUCCUUCUCCUGGUCCUCCUUGCAAUUCAUUGACGCAAGGUCUGCAGGGAGAAUAGUGCUGGCCGUGCACUGACAAUUCCAUUUCUGAGUGGAAGCAAUCAUGGCGGCAGAGGGGGUGGCGAGGAGUUGUAUCUUGUUUUGAUUUUAGAAAUAAAACAAAGCGAGCAGAUGGGCGGGCAGCCUGACAUUCUGUGAAAGAAGAGAGAUUCAAUGUGUGUGUGUAUCUCUCUCUGUGUCUCUCUGUGUGUGUUUUCCCCACCUAAACAAUUUGGAAAAAUUGCCUCGCUGCCUUUUCAGCUCAGUGAAAUUCUGGGGUUCUUUUGUGCCGCCGCAUUUUUUUUUAAAAAAAUCUUUAACUGUUGCUUUCUUGGCUGUACGUAUUCUUAAUGCACCAUCUUCCUCCCCGCUCCCCAAAAUAUAAUAGAAGCUUUUAAGGAUAAAUUGGCACAAAACAAGAGCGACACUUGAAUGCUUUUUGUUGCCAUAGAAGCGCUUCGGGCGGAUGACAGAAGGACCCUUUUGCUAAUAGUAAAGUACCGGAAGAAAAUAGACACUCUUCAUUUAGCAGUUGCUGAUGAUGGAAGAGCAAAAAACCCUUAUGUUCUUAUCCCAACAUAGACUCUACUGUGUGUGCAUAUGUUACAUUGGUGGGGGUUUUUCCUUCCCCUGUGUAAAAGCAACAGGAAAAGUAGUGUCUUAAGAAGAAGAUUCUUGGGGUGGCGGGGGUGGGAAUCCUAGCAGUUGAAGACAUGCAUUUAAAGCGCAUCCAAAGUACUUUUAAAGUGCACUGCUCUAACCCAAAGAAUACCGGGAACUGUAGUUUCCCCCUUCACAAAGCUAUAAUUCUCAGGAUUCUUCCGGGGGGGGGGUGUACUUUAAAUUGUGUGUUGGGUGUGCUUUAAAUAUAUUCUGAAGAUAUAAUCAUGGGGUCAUGGAGUGAAGACUGGUGUAAUAUUUGUAUCAUAGAAUUGUAGAUUUGGAAGCCCCCCCCAAGGGAUAUCUAGUCCAACCCCCUGAGAUGCAGGAAUAGCAACUCAUGGACACAAGAACUUCAGGGCUUGUUUGGAAGCGCUUUUGCCUUUGCCCUGUGAGAUCAAAAUGAGGCAUAUAAAAUUGCACAUGGUACAGGGAAAGUGGAUCAAGAGAAACUCUCCCCCCCCCCCCCAUCCUAGAACCUGAUAUCAUCCAAUGAAGCUGAAUGUUGGAAGAUUCAGGACAGGCAGAAGAAAGCACCUUUUCACCAGCACGCUUAGUUAGGCUCUGGAAUUUGCUCCCACAAUAUAUGGCGAUGACCAGCAGCUUGGAUGCCUUUAGAAGAGGAUUAGACAAAUUCAUGGAAGGUGAAGCUCUCAGUGGCUGCUAGCCACAAUAGCUAUUCUCUGCCUCCACUAUUUGGGGGCCGUUUGCCUCUGAGUACUGUUUGCUGGAAUCAGAAAUGUGGAGAAAGUGCAGCUGCACUCAAGUCCUUCUAGCAGGCUUCUGGUGGGCUUCUGUGUGAUGCAGCAGCAAAGAAAGCUAAUGCUAUUCUAGGCUGCAUCUACAGAGGUCUAGUGCCCAGAUCAAGGGAUGUCAUUGUUGUUGUUUAGUCCUUUAGUCGUGUCCGACUCUUCGUGACCCCAUGGACCAGAGCACGCCAGGCACUCCUGUCUUCCACGCAGCCAUGGUGGUACGCCUCUGCUGAUGGUUGUCUCCUCCAUCAAUUCACCUACCCUAAUCCACUUUUAAAGCCCUCCAAGUUGGUGGCUGUCCUUUUCUUUCCCUUUGUUGUUGUUGUUUAGUCGUUUAGUCGUGUCCGACUCUUUAUGACCCCAUGGACCAGAGCACGCCAGGCACUCCUGUCUUCCACUGCCUCCCGCAGUUUGGUCAAACUCAUGUUGGUAGCUUCGAGAACACUGUCCAACCAUUUCGUCCUCUGUCGUCCCCUUCUCCUUGUGCUCUCCAUCUUUCCCAACAUCAGGGUCUUUUCCAGGGAGUCUUCUCUUCUCAUGAGGUGGCCAAAGUAUUGGAGUCUCAGCUUCAGGAUCUGUCCUUCCAGUGAGCACUCAGGGCUGAUUUCCUUCAGAAUGGAUAGGUUUGAUCUUCUUGCAGUCCAUGGGACUCUCAAGAGUCUCCUCCAACACCAUAAUUCAAAAGCAUCAAUUCUUUGGCGAUCAGCCUUCUUUAUGGUCCAGCUCUCACUUCCAUACAUCACUACUGGGAAAACCAUAGCUUUAACUACCGGUAUAUGGACCUUUCUUGGCAAGGUGAUGUCUCUGCUUUUUAUAGUGCCACUCUAUAUUCUGCCUUGUUCAGACCACACCUGGAGUCCUGUGUCCAGUUGUGGGUGCCACAAUUUUAGAAGGAUAUGGACAAGCUGGAAGGUGUGCAGAGGUGGGCAACCAAGAUGAUCAAGGGUCUGGAAACCAAGUUUCCAGACCCUUGCUCUGGUCAGACCUCACCUGGAGUACUGUGUCCAGUUCUGGGCACCACAGUUCAAGAAGGACACUGACAAACUGGAACGUGUCCAGAGGAGGGCAACCAAAAUGGUCAAAGGCCUGGAAACGAUGCCUUAUGAGGAACGGCUAAGGAGCUGGGCACGUUUAGCCUGGAGAAGAGGAGGUUAAGGGUGAUAUGAUAGCCAUGUUCAAAUAUAUAAAAGGAUGUCACAUAGAGGAGGGAGAAAGGUUGUUUUUGCUGCUCCAGAGAAGCGGACACGGAGCAAUGGAUCCAAACUACAAGAAAGAAGAUUCCACCUAAACAUUAGGAAGAACUUCCUGACGGUAAGAGCUGUUCGACAGUGGAAUUUGCUGCCAAGGAGUGUGGUGGAGUCUCCUUCUUUGGAGGUCUUUAAGCAGAGGCUUGACAACCAUAUGUCAGGAGUGCUCUGAUGGUGUUUCCUGCUUGGGAGGGGGUUGGACUUGAUGGCCCUUGUGGUCUCUUCCAGCUCUAUGAUUCUAUGAUUCUAUGAUUCUAUGAUUCUAAGUGUUCCUUAUGAGGAACAGUUGAAGGAGUUGGGGAUGUUCAGCCUGAUAAAGAAGAUAAUGAAAGGAGAUACGAAAGGAGAUUCCAACUAAACAUCAGGAAUAACUUUCUGAUGGUAGGAGCUGUUUGACAGUGGAACGUUCUCCCUUAGAAGGUGGUGGAAUCUCCUUCCUUGGAGGGUUUUUCAGCAGAGGUUGGAUGGCCACCUGUCAUGUGAUCUAGUUGAGAUUGGCCCCUUCCAGCGCUAUGAUUCUAUGACUUGAUAGGUGUUGGGUAAGUUCUAUCACGGCCCUCCUUGUGGUCUUUUUCCAAACCAUUUUGAGGGCAGCAGGGUGGAGAAGGAUGAGCUGGGUGUUGUGAGGAAGAGAGUUAUCAAGGCACCUCUGGGUUGUGCCGUUCUGCCCAGAGAGUAUGUCCUUUCUGGCAGAUCUUUCUUCCUGCAUGCUGCGAGGUAAAUGUUUACUUGCACACUGCGAACAAAGAGAAGUGUUCUGUUGACAGCUGACAACAUUUGGCAUUUGCAAGCGAAGAGAUAAUCGUUGGAAUACAGGAGAGGCGAAUGAGACGCAGUUCACCUUGAAUGGUUUAGAUUAGCAUCGACGCUUCCACCCCCAGCGUUCUGUACUUUUAACUCUCGUGUUUAUGAAAACGGAAGGCUUCCGGCCUCUCAGCCUGACACUGUGUUCUUGUUGUUUGGAACAUAAAGGGCCUUGAUACAUAUGAGAGAGAGAGAGAGAGAGAGAGAGAGAGAGAGAGAGGCUGGCAGAGUUAAAACGGCAGAAAGUGAAGUCUUCCUUUGCAACUGUCAAGACUGAAAUCGGGGCUAGCCAAUGACUUUAUUUAGGUUCUGCUGAAAAACGUUGAUUUUUUCCUGCAUCUCGGUUAAAAGAUGCAACCAUGCUUGGAAUACUGUGUACAGUGGUACCGUGGGUUAAGAACUCAAUUUGUUCUGGAGGUCCGUUCUUAAGCUGAAACUGUUCUUAACCUGAGGUACCACUUUAGCUAAUGGGGCCUCCUGCUGCCGCUGCGCCUCCGCCUCAUCCUGAAGCAAAGUUCUUAACCCGAGGUACUAUUUCGGGGUUAGUAGAGUCUGUAACCUGAAGUGUCUGCAACUCGAGGUACCACUGUACAGUUCUGGUUGCCUCGCCCCAUGAAGGCAGGAGAUAGGGAGAAGUUGGGCCACUGGCCUGAUCCUGCAAGUUCUUUUUCUGUGUUCUUAUUAUCCCUUACCAUUGGCCAUGGUCAGGAAUGGAAGUUGUAGUCCACAUUAUCUAGGGGGAACCCUGCUGGCUACCCUGACCAUAAAUGCACCAAACAACUUAAAUAUAUUUGCUGCUGAACAUGGUUUCUAAAAGGGAUGUCCAGUUAUACUGCUGCAGAUGCACUGCAGCGUUUCUUCUCUCUGUGCUCCUCCCAGCAGCCAUUCCUCCUCUGAUCCUUGCUGUGGAUGCAUGGCCUGUCCAUCUCCAAGAAGGACACUGACAAACUGGAACGUGUCCAGAGGAGGGCAACCAAAAUGGUCAAAGGCCUGGAAACGAUGCCUUAUGAGGAACGGCUAAGGGAGCUGGGCAUGUUUAGCCUGGAGAAGAGGAGGUUAAGGGGUGAUAUGAUAGCCAUGUUCAAAUAUAUAAAAGGAUGUCACAUAGAGGAGGGAGAAAGGUUGUUUUCUGCUGCUCCAGAGAAGCGGACACGGAGCAACGGAUCCAAACUACAAGAAAGAAGAUUCCACCUAAACAUUAGGAAGAACUUCCUGACAGUAAGAGCUGUUCGACAGUGGAAUUGGCUGCCAAGGAGUGUGGUGGAGUCUCCUUCUUUGGAGGUCUUUAAGCAGAGGCUUGACAACCAUAUGUCAGGAGUGCUCUGAUGGUGUUUCCUGCUUGGCAGGGGGUUGGACCCGAUGGCCCUUGUGGUCUCUUCCAACUCUAUGAUUCUAUGAUUCUAUGAUCUCCAGGCACUGCGGUCAUCCGCAAGGGAUUCCCUCAUGGCAGGGCGGGUGGUAAGCUAGAUGGAGCAGUGAGCUGCCUCCGUAUUAGGCAGCCUCGCAUGUUACAGUUUCCAGAGAGGUAGCUGUGUUGGUCUGCUACAGGUGUCGAUAACACAGACACCCAGCCAUUGGUAAGCCAAUGGAGACACAAAGUAUGCUGAUAAAAACAACAAAACACCUUAGUUCUUAUUCAGUCCACAAGAGAUGCCUCUCAAAUUGUAAUCCAGUAGUUUUCUUUGGCAGUUAAUGCUUCUUUUUGGGUCUGAGUUUGUCAGCACACAUUUAUACGGCAUGAGCCAAUGUCUCAGAUACAUCUGAGGUUCUGGACAGUCUAUAUUUGUAAAACUCAGUCCCAUUCCUCUCUCUGUUUGGCUGCCAACAUGUGCCAAUUACCAUGAGAUACAUUGUUUACCAAACAGAAAUCUGCAGCGCGAAUAUUGUACGCAAUGAAAUGUCUCAUUCUGACCCUUGGCUCUGAUUUGAGUCAUAACCUUAAUUAAUCCAGCGACUGAGUAGCCUUUUGGGGGGAUAGUGAGAUCACAAAUGUGACAAUAGCUGAGAAUUGGCAGAAGAACCAAUUUUCACCAAGCAGGAGACUAGGUUGGACCACUUGACUGUCUCUCCUGGGUAGUUUAUACAGAAUAAAGCAAAACACGAGAUGAGCAUAUUGGAGAGCCGCAGGAUGGGUGCCAGCCAGUUCAAUGAUGGAACUUUGCUUUGCUCAGUGAAUGCAGCCGCCAGUAAGGUGGCUGCAGGACGACUUCUCCAGAGAAGCUUGCCAAGUAUUUCCAAAGAACCUGAAAAUGAAUAGCAGAUGGAUUCCUUUCUUCCUGUUUAGUAUAGCGUGUGCAACACAUAUAUGUUAGGAGGUAAUCUCUACAACAGCCAUGUAAGUUAGGCCCGGACUUUACAACAGUCGCAGGACUUGCCAGUGUCCCUGUUUUCCAGGGAAAGUUUCUGAUUUGAUCUCGGAACGUCCCGCUUUUCCCCAGGACAUCCCUAUUUUCAUCGGAGAAAUCAUGGAGUUAUGCGACCCAUGAGCUAAGGAGAUAAGUAACUAUGCAACCUUUAGAAGACAUCUGAAGGCAGUCCUGUUUAGUGUGUGUGUGUGUGUGUGUGUGUGUGCGUGUGUGUGUUGGAUGCUGCUGGGGCAACCCAGUCAGAUUGGCAGAGUAUAAAUACAAUAAAAUUAUUACUACAGUGGUACCUCAGAAGUCGAACGGAAUCCAUUUUGGAAGUCCGUUUGACUUCUAAAAUGUUCAGAAACCAAGGCGUGGCUUCCGAUUGGCUGGAGGAAGCUCCUGCAGCCAAUCAGAAGCCCCGCUGGAAAUUUGGCUUCCAAAAGAACGUUCAAAAACCAGAACAAUCACUUCCAGGUUUGUGGCGUUUGGGAGCCAAAACCUUCGAGCCGCAAUGCAUUCGUCAACCAAGGUGCAACUGUAUUAUUAUUAUUGACUAGGACAUCCCUGUUUUCAUCGGAGAAAUGUUGGAGUUUCUGGUUUUCACUGGAAUGAUCCUUGUCCCUGUGUAGCACCAAAGAGCAGGUUUUCUGGAGAAAAGUGGCAAGGCAAAGGCAGAACCCCUCGCACCCAUGCAUUCUAGGUAUGGGACAAACCAACGGGUGGCGGAACCCUUCAUUUUUCAGACGUUGCAAGGAACAAAGCCUUGUGGAGGAGCCUUAAUCGCCUUGCGUUGCAAACUGGCUCUGCAAGGCUGUGUCAUGGCUAAAACCUGUUCCUUCCGCCCCUGAAGCCACUUGCUUGUGAAUCUUCGUUCUGGAACCUGAGCAAUGUGCAAGCGGUCGAAAGCGCUGUAGGUUUCCAGGCUACCGUGAUGUAUCUGCUGUGUGGGAGGAAGGGAGAGAGAUCCAGCACAAAAGUAUUUCAUCUCCCUCUGCUUCUCAGGAGGGUUUGCAAGUGCUGUUUUUCUUCAUAGCUAUGGAAGUGUGUGUGUGUGUGUGUGUGUGUGUGUGUGUAGAAAGAGACUUUCAGAAAAGAACCUUGCUGAAUCAGGUAUUUGGCGUUCCGCUAGAUCAGUGUUUUUUCAAAAUUGGGGAAAAGCUGCUUUUGGACUACAACUCCCAUCAUCCCUAGCAGGGGGUGAUGGGAAUUGUAGUCCGAAAACACCUGGAGACCCAAGUUUGGGAAACACAGCUUUAGAUUAAUCCAGGGUGACCAAUGUGGCACCCGCCAGACGUUGUUCAACUCCGAUUCCCAUUUCCCCCAUACCAUUGGUCAUGAUGGCUGGGGCUGAUGGGAGUUGGAGUUCUGCAAGAUUUCAUGGGCUGUUCCUGGGUUAGCAUCUGACACCCCUUCCCUGAACUUCGUUGUCUUUGAAACAUUCACAUCGCGACAAAACAAGGCCUGGGAAAUGGAGAGAUUUUCCUUGGAUAGCCAGCAUGGCUCAGUGGAGCCCAAACUUGAAUUCCCAACUCAACUGACAACUAGGCGAUGCACUUAGGUGAGGCACUUUCUUUCAACAGUGCUUUCCCUGCUUGUAUUUCCCAGAAACUGGUUUCCAGAGCUUGCCAUUGACAAUGGAGGGAGAGCAUAGCCAUUGUGGCUGGUUGCCACUGAUAGCUUAAUCCCCCAAUAACUUGCCUAAUCCUCUUUUAAAACCAUUCAAGUUGGGAGCCAUCGCUGCCUCUUGCAGAGCGUAUUCCAUAGUUUAUCUGUGUGACGAAGUACUAUUUGUUUAGUCGUUUAGUUGUGUCCGACUCUUCGUGACCCCAUGGACCAGGGCACGCCAGGCACUUCUGUCUUCCACUGCCUCCCGCAGUUUGGUCAGACUCAUGCUGGUAGCUUCGAGAACACUAUCCAACCAUCUCGUCCUCUGUCAUCCCCUUCUCCUUGUGCCCUCCAUCUUUCCCAACAUCAGGGUCUUUUCCAGGGAGUCUUCUCUUCUCAUGAGGUGGCCAAAGUCUUGGAGCCUCAGCUUCGGGAUCUGUCCUUCCAGUGAGCACUCAGGGCUGAUUUCCUUCAGAAUGGAGAGGUUUGAUCUUCUUGCAGUCCAUGGGACUCUCAAGAGUCUCCUCCAGCACCAGAAUUCAAAAGCAUCAAUUCUUCGGCGAUCAGCCUUCUUUAUGGUCCAGCUCUCACUUCCAUCCAUCACUACUGGGAAGACCAUGGCUUUAACUAUACGGACCUUUGUUGGUAAGGUGAUGUCUCUGCUUUUUAAGAUGCUGUCUAGGUUUGCCAUUGCCUUUCUCCCAAGGAGCAGGCGUCUUUUGAUUUUGUGACUGCUGUCACCAUCCGCAGUGAUCAUGGAGCCCAAGAAAGUAAAAUCUCUCUCUGCCUCCAUUUCUUCCCCUUCUAUUUGCCAGGAGGUGAUGGGACCAGUGGCCAUGAUCUUCGUUUUUUUGAUGUUGAGCUUCAGACCAUAUUUUGCACUCUCCUCUUUCACCCUCAUUAAAGGGUUCUUUAAUUCCUCCUCACUUUCUGCCAUCAAGGUUGUGUCAUCUGCAUAUCUGAGGUUGUUGAUAUUUCUACCAGCGAUCUUAAUUCCGGCUAGGGAUUCAUCCAGCCCAGCCUUUCGCAUGAUGAAUUCUGCAUAUAAGUUAAAUAAGCAGGGGGACAAUAUACAGCCUUGCCGUACUCCUUUCCCAAUUUUGAACCAAUCAGUUGUUCCAUAUCCAGUUCUAACUGUAUCUUCUUGUCCCACAUAGAGAUUUCUCAGGAGACAGAUGAGGUGAUCAGGCACUCCCAUUUCUUUAAGAACUUGCCAUAGUUUGCUGUAGUCGACACAGUCAAAGGCUUUUGCAUAGUCAAUGAAGCAGAAGUAGAUGUCUUUCUGGAACUCUCUAGCUUUCUCCAUAAUCCAGCGCAUGUUUGCAAUUUGGUCCCUGGUUCCUCUGCCUCUUCUAAAUCCAGCUUGCACUUCUGGGAGUUCUCGGUCCACAUACUGCUUAAGCCUGCCUUGUAGAAGUACUAUUACUACUACUACAAUUAAUAAUAAUAAUAAUUUAUUAUUUAUACCCUGCCCAUCUGGCUGGGUUUCCCCAGCCACUCUGGGUGGCUCCCAACAGAAUAUUAAAAACCUUCAGAUGUCUUCUAAAAGUCAGACAGUUGUUUAUUUCCUUGACAUCUGGUGGGAGGGUGUUCCACAGGGCGGGUGCCACCACCGAGAAGGCCCUUUCCCUGUUUCCCUGUAACCUCACUUCUCGCAGUGAGGGAACCGCCAGAAGGCCCUCAGAGCUGGACUUCAGUAUCAGGGCUGAACGAUGGGGGUGGAGACGCUCCUUCAGGUAUACUGGGCCGAGGCCGUUUAGGGCUUUAAAGGUCAGCACCAACACUUUGAAUUGUGCUCGGAAACAUACUAGGAGUCAAUGUAGGUCUUUCAGGACCGGUGUUAUAUGGUCUUGACGACCACCUUCUGUAAAAUGUGUUUACCUCUGAGAAACGUGAACUGCCAAAACGCUAUUGCCUCCCUGCUAUGGAUAGGCUCAAGCCUUCAUUAAAAAAUAAAUACAUUAACUGGAUGUGUAGGAAAGUGAGACUGAAAGAGAUCCCCAUUGCAUACCCUCCCCACAACCACCCCAGUUUUCCCAGGACAUCCCAGAAUUACAGAAGCCAUCCAUCCUGGCUUCUGGUGCCGCACAAGCUGACUUGCGCGGGAGCAUGGCUCCGAAAGAUGUGCAUCUCCUUCCUUGGAGGUGUUUAAGCAGAGGUUGGAUGGCUGUCUAUAUUGGAUGCUUUAGCUGAGAUUCCUGCAUUGCAGGGGGUUGGACUAGAUGACCCUCGGGUCCCUUCCAACUCUACAAUUCUAUGACCCCGUGGAAUGCUGGAGGGUAUGCCGUUGAUGCUGCUUGCAGCCCAGGCUCUCCCAAAUUCAUGUGUAUUUCCCUGCUGAUGGGAUCAGUACGGUGCCCUUUGUUUUACGUUGUCGUUGGCUCUCCCUACCUUGCGCCUGAGCCUGAAAACUCUGUCCUCCCCGUGUCGUCCUUGAACGGCGCCUCCAAGGUACUUCCAGGGUGAGCUCUGGCCUUGGGGAAAACAACCUUGCCGGAGACUGAGCCCAGCGCAGAUCCUUGGUUAUAAAAGAACAGAUGUUCCGAUGCCAUCACCCCUGCUAAUUGGAAUUAAAAAAAGAGGCGCUGUGCCACAUCUCAAAUUUCCCAGCCAUCUGCGCCAGGGGGAAACAGAACAGGAGGAUGCUUUCCUUUGGGAACUUGUGGAGCGGUGGGUGCGAGGGACAGCUGGUGUGUGUGUGUGUGUGCGUGCUAGAAAGGGAGAGCAUGAGCAUAUGAACACACCAGCUGUCGGGUGUGUUACUAUUUUGCGUUGCUUACCCUUGGGAAUAAAGGAACACAGUUCUGGCACCAGCCGAAGCUGGUUGCAGCAGUUUUUCGGCACGACCAACGCCUGCGACGGGGAACAGAGUUGUUUCUGCACUUGAGGGUCUGUUUCUCUUACUUACACCAUCCAGCACAAAAACAUUAGUAUACUAGUAUAUACCAGCCUCUGCCAACCUGGUGCCACUCUGAGGUCCAUGGUCUACAGUUCCCACAAUCCCUGAUCGUUGGUCAUGCUAGCUGGGUGUCAGGGCUGGUUCAGAUGCAGGUUGGCAUGCCGGAUGCAGAGACAAACGGAAAAGUUAACUCUUUAUUCUAGGAAAAAGUAUGCAAGGCAGCAGUGCCUAGAAGCAGGACUGGCCCCUAUGAAACAGGUGCCAGGACUGAAUGUCUUCGCCUUCUACUUCCCUCUAAGACUCCUUCCAAGCAGCCUCAAACUAUGUUGGGUGGGGCGAAUCGGUGCUCUUUGUUCCGUGUCCUUGGAGACAAGGGCGGAGAGGAGCUUGUACAGUAGCAGCAGCAAGCUCCUGGCAUGUUUCUGCAGCAUCUGUCUUCCUCCUCCUCUGCUUCAUCUGCUGAGUCCGAACUGCUUUCUGCACCUGGCUCCUCUUGCUCGCUAAAGCCUGUUGCCUCUUCAGCAUCCAACCAUUCCUCCCCUUCUUCUCCCUCUGACCUGCCCUCAGUGUCCCAUCACCACUCCUCUUCUAAGGCUUCCCUAGGGGGUUCCCUGGCUGGCACCACUCCUCAUCAGCCAGCCAGUCCCUGACACUGGGGUUGAUGGGAGAUGGUGUCCGAAACAUUUGGAUGAUGCCAGGUGGGGAGGUCUGCUAUAAAGGUCACCCGAAGUCACCCAGGGGACCAGCGGCGUAGCGUGGGUUGUCAGCACCCGGGGCAAGGCAAGUAAUUUGCGCCCCCUAACCCCUAACCUGCCGCCGCUGCCAGCUUCUUCUUGCUGCUGCCUGGUCUGGUCUGGUGUGGUUCUCUCCCGCGCUCAGCGCUGCGCCUGAGCGGCCGCUGCACUGUCCCUCCGCAGAUAGUCCCUCGCUCUCUCUCCGCACCGCACGCCUGGCACCCACCCCCUCCACAGUGGGCGGUGACCCAGCGGCUCGGAUCGGAUUCGCACAGCCAGCACUGCAGUGAGAGAGAGUGAGUGAGCCAGGUAGGGGCAGAGAGCUGCGAGUGCGAGCGCGCCCCCCCCAGAUGUUGCGCCCGGUGCGGCCGGCACCCCCUGCACCUCCCACGCUACGCCACUGCAGGGGACAGCAAGCUACUGAUGGCUGCUAGCCAUGCUGCCUCUGCAGUUCAAGGCAGCAAGGCUACUGAAUACCAGUCGCUGAAAGAGAGGGCUCUUAUGCUUGAAUCCUGCUUGCUGGUUUCCCACAGGCAUCUAGUUGGCCCCUGUGAGAACAGGAUGCUGGACUCACCCAACAGGUCUCAACUUAUCUUCUUCUUCUUUGGCAAUCACUCAUAGCCGAGUAAGAUUGUCUUCCAUAAACACAGUUUUAACAAUGAGUCCGUAAGUGACUGUGGAGGCCAAUUCUGGAUCCACACGUCCUUCCACAGUGGGGACAUUGGUUUCCGGGCGGGAGUUGAUCACGGGGCAGAUUUGCCAAGCGUGCCUUCCUCUUAGCACGUUUCUCCCUUGCGUCCUGAGUUUGAGUGUCUUCAAAGCCCAUGACACCUUUGGUAAAGGCUGUUCUCCAACUGGAGCGCUCGCAGGCCAGUGUUUCCCAGUUGUCAGUGUUUAUACUACAUUUUUUUUAGUGACCGAUGCUCUAAGUGACUUGUUUCUCAUUUUCUGAAAGCCACUGUCUUAUCUGGAAACUGUCAUUUUCUCUGCAUCCUUCUCCACGAGCUGUCAAAAUUCCUCUUUGUAUGUGUUUGUGUGUGUGCUCUUUUCUCCCAGUGAAUAGCUUCGGGGAGGACGAAGACCUGACCACCUCCUCGGACAGCGACGACGAGGUGAUCAAGCAGUUUGAGAUCUCCGUCUCGCGCUCGCAGAGCUUCCGUUCGGGAGUUUCCGAGAAAGGAACGCAAGCCGGUUCUGAGCGCAGGCCCAAAUUCAACCGCUUGCUGUCGAACCACGAAGAGUACAGCUCCGAGGCCUCUGAAUGCGAAGGUAUUAUCCAGCUCUGUCCAAAAAGAAAAACAAAGCAGUCAAACACAAGAGAUGGUUUGCUCCGAGAAGUCCAACAAGGAUGGACUCAGUUUCUGCGGCUUUGGAGGAAAUGGCAAAAGCGGUAAAAAAUGCACUGAUGUGCUGGUGCGCGCACACCGUCUUCCCAUGACUUGAGGAUUCUGCAUUUUGAAUCUCAGUUGAUAGGUGCAGCCUCUCAUGAUGAGAACGUCAAAGGUGUAACGAAACAGUUGGUAACCCAAGAAAAACGCAUCUCCCAAGAUUCUCUGGGUCAACUCCCCAGAGAACCUUGCGAAUGGCAGAGGAUUCUGGGAAGCAUUCUACAGAACACACUCACUUUCCUGCAGGACAUUUCCUAGGUCUCACUUUGCACCUGAGGAUGAACCUCAACGCUCCCCUUCCUUGCAAGGGAAAAUGUUUUCAGGAAAACUUGUUUGCCAUUACAGUGGUACCUCAGGUUACAUACACUUCAGGUUACAUACGCUCCAGGUUACAGACUCCGCUAACCCAGAAAUGGUGCUUCAGGUUAAGAACUUUGCUUCAGGAUGAGAACAGAAAUCGGGCUUCAGCGGCGCGACAGCAGCAGGAGGCCCAAUUAGCUAAAGUGGUGCUUCAGGUUAAGAACAGUUUCAGGUUAAGUACGGACCUCCGGAACAAAUUAAGUACUUAACCUGAGGUACCACUGUACUGAAUUUCUCCCUGGGGAACCUGCAGUCAUUGGCUCCCCCACAUACCUAUAUAGUGAUACCUUGGUUUCUGAAUGGCUUGGCUCCUAAACAAAUUGGCUCCUGAACGCCGCAAACCCGGAAGUAAGUUUUUUAGAACGUUUUUUAGAAGCCGAACGUCCGUUUCGGCUGUCAGCAUUGUUUCCGGGGCCCAUCAGCCAAUCAGAAGCUGUGCCUUGGUUUGCGAACAUUUUGGAAGUCAAACGGAUUUCCAGAACGGAUUGAGUUCAGGAACCAAGGUACUACUGUACAACGUUGCCAAGGGAACCCCGAGAUUUUACAGAACACAGUUUUCACCCACCUAGUCUGCAGGAUUCAACCAUCCCAACUGAAUCCCUCAAACGGCAUUCCUUAAUAAUAGCCAAUAUCCUGGCUGCAGACCAAAUCCACAAGGCACGGUGGGGAGGCAAACUUUGUGUGGGAAGUGUGUAAUGUAACUUCUCACUAGAAAGGCAUGUCUUCUAUUCUGAAAAGCCUACGGCGCUUUUUUAUUUACUCUUUCUUUUUUUACAUUUAUAAAACCUGCCUUUUCAGCCCACCACUCCGACGUGCCCCAAAUGUAUAUAUAUCAAUCGUGUCCUUGUUGAUUUCGGAGCUGCAAUCUGCCGCGUGAGCUGAGUCCUGUUUGAUUUUAGCAGAGCUGGGAGCCAUCAUAAGCAUAAGCCUUUGGUUUGGGGAGUGGGGAAAUGCCAUCUGGACCCGUUCUGUGCAUAAGAACGGGACCAUGUGGUUCUAAACCUAAAUGCACACUUUUAACUUGGCUGGAAGCCCCAUUGAACCGACUGGGCUUGUGAAGAUGCACAGGGCCAAACUACCAUAUUUUUCGCUCUAUAAGACGCAUCAGACCACAAGACGCACCUAGUUUUUGGAGGAGGAAAACAAGAAAAAAUAUAUUCUGAAUCUCAGAAGCCAGAACAGCAAGAGGGAUCGCGGCGCAGUGAAAGCAGCAAUCCCUCUUGGUGUUCUAGUUUCUCUGAUAGCUGUGCAGCCUGCAUUCGCUCCAUAAGACGCACACACAUUUCCCCUUACUUUUUAGGAGGGAAAAAGUAAGUCUUACAGAGCAAAAAAUACAGUAUAAAGCUGUGCUGAUUCCAGCAGGGCUUUCAUAGGCUGCAGACUUGAGCGCAGCUGAAACUUUAAGUGUCUCUGCACCCAUGCAGAGUCUUGCCCAAGGAAAGGCUUCCCAUUAUUCCUGGGUGGCUUCUUCCAUCUCCCUGUCCUGCGCCUCUUCUCUAGCAAAUGAAGGAUGGCAAAUGUGUGGUGUGGGACAAAUAAUUCAGAGCAGGAGAGCGGGAAGCUUUUUCAGCUGCAGGGCUGCUUCUGGGCAACUUCCAAGAACCAUAGAAUUGCAGAGUUGGAAGGGAACCCCCAAGGUCAUCUAGUCCAGCCCCCCCGCAAUGCAGGGAUCUUGCCCUGAUUGGGACUCGAACCCGCAGCACUGCGAUUGAGAGCCUUGUGCUCUACCGACUGAUCAAAGGCAAAAGUGGGAAGAGCAGCAAGUGUACAUCUUACCUUAGUAGAGCAUGCGAGUUUCUGCACUCCCCUGCCUCUGUCAUAGAAUCAGGGAAUCGUAGAGUUGGAAGGGACCCCAAAGGUCAUCCAGUCCAACCCCUUGCAAUGCAGGAAUCUCAGCUGAAGCACCCAUGACAUCCAGACAAGCAAGAGACAUUAUCUGAGUUCAAGGGCACAUCUAGCCAGGCAAAAACACGGAAGGAGGGUGCAUAGCGGGGCCAGUGAGGGAUGUGGCCUGGAGAGAAGUCCAAGGGCCAAGUGCAGAGGUCUGGAGGGCCACAUUCAGCCUCUGGGCCCGAGGCUCUCCUUCCCUGAUAUAGAGAAACAGGGUGUUCUGAUUACCGUAUUUUUCGCUCUAUAGGACGCACCAGACCAUAGGACGCACCAGACCAUAGGAAGGGGAGAACAGGAAAAAAAAAAAUCUCCCCAUCUCUGCUCAGCGCCCCUUCAGUGAAUCGGCAGGAGAAACAGAGCCCCUUCCAUUUCUCCUCCCGCUUCACUGAAGGGGCUCUGCGCAGAGAGGGAAAACUGUGCAGCGCCUCUCCAGCGAAGCCAAGCCUGGAGAGCAAGAGGGAUCGGUGUGCACCGACCCCUCUCGCUCUCCAGGCUUCAGGCGGCUAUCCACAAGCCUUCGGAGCUCAGCAGGAAUUCCCGCUGCGCUCGGAAGGCUUGCGGAUAGCUGCCUGAAGCCCCCAGAGCGCAGCGGGAGUUCGCACUGCGCUCCGGGGGCUUCAGGCGGCUUCAGCGAAAGCAACGCGAAGCCUCCGGAGCGCGGGGGGAGCUCUCCCUCUGCACUUCGGAGGCUUCGUGUUGCUAUCGCUGAAGCCAAGGAGCCUGCAUUCGCUCCAUAGGAUGCACACACAUUUCCCCUUCAUUUUUGGAGGGAGGAAAGGUGCGUCCUAUAGAGCGAAAAAUAUGGUAGAUUCAUAUCCCGCCUUUUCUCCAAGGAAAUCAAGGUGGUGCACAAAUUCCUCCCCCUCUCCAUUUUAUCCUCACGACAACCCUGUGAGGUAGGAAGAUAGUGGCUGGCUCAAGGCCACCCAGUGUGGGGAUUUGAACCCUGGCCGCCAGGUUCUAGUCAGUCCCUCUAACCCACGGGUGUCAAACACAAGGCCCGCGGGCUGAAUCCGGCCCGCCAGACCUCGUCAUGUGGCCCUUGUAGCUGCUGCCGGCCGCCAGCCUUCACCUUUUAUUCUCGCUUUUUUUUUUUUUUACACAAGAAAGCCGCCUCUUCAGCGCUUGCGCGGCAGCCUACAAGCCAGAGAACGUCUGCCCUCUAGCGGCGCUGGCCGUUCUACACAGGAAACCUCCAAUUUAAUCCAGUUUAUUUCCUGGGGUAAAAUCCCCAAAAAAGCUCAACAACUUUGCAACUUUGGUCGGCCCUCACGCAUGUUCACUUCAUCAAAUCUGGCCUCUUAGAAAAAAGUUUGGGCACCCCUGCUCUAACCACUCCUGGCCUGUUGGCAUCCUUCUGUCUUGAGAGACAAUGGAGUGCGCCUCCAAGGGGGAAACCAAACUGCUGUGUUAGCAGCGCCGAAGUGACUUCCUUGCGGUGCAAGCCUGGGCAGAGGGUCUGGAGGUCCUGGGCUGCCCAGAUGACAAGACCCUCCUCCGGCCUCUCUGAUGUGGUCUGAAGGAAAGCAGAGCAAGACGUUGGGCACCAGCUUGGCUGCAGGAGUUGCCGGAAGGCAGGCGCGAUGGGUUGUGCCCAACAACUUGCAAUCAUGUUGGGGAGCAUGGAGGUUGAAAAUUGUCCUCUUCACCUCCCGCCCCUACCCAGUGGGCCAGUGCUUGCCUGGAGGCGGCGGAGGAUACGAUACAAGACAAGGCAAGGCAAGGCAAGACAAGACAGGACAAGAUAAGACAAUACGAUAAUCUUUAUUGUCAUUGUCCCGUACAGAACAACGAAAUUGAAAAAAUUUACAUCAGACAUUCAAAAACCAACAAGGCCGCUAUCCCAGCUAUCCCGGCCUGGUUAACCCCUUAAAAACUGUGAUACCCCAUAAUUAAAUACAAUAUAUCGUAUUUUUCACUCUAUAAGAUGCACUUUCCCCCUCCUAAAAAGUAAGGGGAAAUGUGUGUGCGUCUUAUGGAGCGAAUACAGGCUGUGCAGCUAUCCCUGAAGCCAUCCUCCUGGCUUCAGGGAUUCCCACGCAAAGCCUCUGGAGCGAAGUGGGAUUGCUCCUCCCUCUGCGCUCCAGAGGCUUUCUGUUGCUUUCGCUGAAGCCAGGAGAGCAAGAGGGAUCGGUGCGCUUCGCUGGAGAGGCGCUGCGCAGAGAGCGAGAGGAUAUUUGCUUUUCUUGUUCUCCUACUCUAAAACUACUUGCGUCUUAUGGUUAGGUGCAUCUUAUAGAGCGAAAAAUAUGGUGCUCCCACAGAGACUACCUUACACCGCGUUUAAAACCAAAAUCGCAUUUGGAUAGAAACUUUCUCAGGCGGCUAGUCCUAGUCUUUAUAACCCUGUACCUUCUUCCAGAACGAGGGUGGCUCCCUCAGUAUUGGAGGGAGGGCUCAGCCCUCUGCCUACAAAUCUUGAGGGGUCUGAAGCCCCCUCUGCCCCCUAUAGUUGGCAUCCCUGCCAGAAUGAGACGUACAAGGCGCCAUUGCAUCUUAGGGACUUCACUCUGGAUUUGUGUAGCGUUUUCUUCUCCCGAAGAUGUCACACAAGGCAGCAGAGGUUAUGCACAUGCUCUCAAACAGCUGCUCAUCACUCAGCCUACAUUUUCAGGUGUGCACUUCAAAACAAAACUCCUUGGGUUUUGUGCAAAGAGGUCCUUUGGUUGGUUCCCAAGGGAGAAGCUGGUUUGGCUCCUUCGCUGCCAUUCCGUUGGAAAGAGGCGUUCUUCCUUUGGAGACUCAGGAUUCCCAAGUCCCUCAUGCAUAGUUAUCACUUCUAGGCCCUGGUCUGCAGUGGAUUUAAGCAUCUGCACACUUGAGGGAUAAAGAAACGGCUGGUCUUAAUCCCCCCCGCCGAAUUUAUUUUUCUCUCUGCUCUUAAAAUGUGCUAGAUCUCGACGGGUUCAGCCAACUGAGUUACCAAGACAACCUCUCUUAUCACGAAGAUGACCAUCUAUCCCUCGACUCCAGAACGGCGUCGGAGAGCAGGGGCUCUGGGCAGCCUAAAGACCCCGGGGUGGAGGUCAGCGCCACGCCCAGCCUUAGCCGGCAAGAGACAGAAGGGAGCUUGGAAAUGGAGACGGCUUUUAGCAACCAAGGAUUCGAAGGGAACGACGCCACGGACAGCUCAUCGGCCUGGAGCCCGGAGGUAAGAAGAAAGCAGUUGUUCUUGCAACGUGGAGGUUGUUUCAUUCCUUCUAAGAAGUUUUCUCUAGGGCGCCUGCAUUUCUGUUUACCACGUUUUAAUGUCAUGAAAUGAGUUAAUUAAUGAAAGAGCGCUGUAAUACUGGGAUACCUACCCUUUUUAGGAACGUCUUGUGCGCUCACAGCCUGGAAGGUUGUGGGUGUUAAGUCCAUUUGGUAUGAAUGGAUAAUGUGUAGUUGCAGUUAUGGAAAGCCCAUAUAGAAGAUAUCUGAAGGCAGUCCUGUACAGUGGACACUCGGGUUGCAAACGUGAUCUGUGCAGGAUGCAUGUUCGCAACCCACAGCGUUUGCAACCUGCAGCGGCGCGUCUGCACACGCACAGAUUGUGAUUCGACUCUUCUGCGCAUGCGCAAAGCGCAAUUUAGCGCUUCUGCACAUGUGCAACUGCCGAAACCCGGAAGUAACCCGUUCCGGUACUUCUGGGUUUCGGUGGGUCCGUAACCCAAAAAAACACAACCUGAAGCAUCUGUAACCCGAGGUAUGACUGUACAGUGGUACCUCGGGUUACAUAUGCUUCAGGUUACACACUCCACUAACCCAGAAAUAGUGCUUCAGGUUAAGAACUUUGCUUCAGGAUAAGAACAGAAAUCGGGCUUCGGCGGCGUGGUGGCAGCAGGAGGCCCCAUUAGCUAAAGUGGUGCUUCAGGUUAAGAACAGUUUCAGGUUAAGAAAAGACCCCCGGAACGAAUUAAGUACUUAACCUGAGGUAUCACUGUAUUGGGAAGUUUCUAAUGUCUGAUGUUUUAUUCUGCUUUUCUAUUUGUUGGAAGCUGCCCAGAGUGGUUGGGGCAAUGUAGUCAGAUGGAGGGGGUACAAAUAUAAUAAUAAUAAUAAUAAUAAUAAUAAUAAUAAUACAAAUACCCCACCCAUCUGACUGGGUUGCCCCAGCCACUCUGGGCGGCUUCCAACAUAUAUAAAAACAUAGUAAAACAUUGAACAUUAAUAAACUUCUCUAUACAGGGCUGCCUUCAGAUAAUUCCUAAAGGUUGUUGUUGUUGUUGUUAUUAUUAAUAUGGAAUGCUUUUCAACUACUAUUAUUAUUUAUCUAGCACCACCAAUGUGCAUGGUGGCAAAGCCAUAGCUCUACGGUACAUCAUCUGCUUUGAAUACCCAAGGCCUUGGGUUCAAUUCCUGGCACCUCCAGGAGAGAUGCCAGGGCCAGGAGACACUUUAUGCUCACCCACACUUCCAUUUGCCCUGCAGUUUCUUCCGUUUGGUCCAUGACUUCUUGGCAGGGUUCUAGAAGACUUUCUUUUGCCCCACUGCUUUCCCUGGAAAGACCCGAGGUUUACCGCUAUAUGGGAACGAGAGUCGAUCUGCAGGACACCCGAUUGACAUUUGCUCUGAUUCAGCCGUAAACAGUGGGUUUUCCCAGGGAAAGUGGUGGGACAGAAAGAAAACCCUCUCGGGUGAGCCCUUCCUGUCUGAAACCUUGGAAAGUCCCUGCCAGUCAGUAUAGGUUGAUGGUCCCAUCGUCUGACCUUAUAUAUAAGGCAGCUGCAAACCCCGCCUGCUCAGCCCCCAAGAAUGUGGCAUCCAUCACUUCGAUUCAUACAGUGACUCUUACACAGGCAUAGUCAAACUCGGGCCUCCAGAUGUUUUGAGACUACAAUUCCCAUUAUCCCUGACCACUGGACCUGUUAGCUAGGGAUGAUGGGAGUUGUAGUCCCAAAACAUCUGGAGGGCCGAGUUUGCCUGCUCUUACAGAACACGUUUGCCUGCCAGAAUCCUUUUCCAGAUAAGGAUGUUGUAGCAAUCGCUGUGAAGGGGAUUGGGAAACGAGGACUUUCAAGGCUUUAUAAAAUUAUGCAGCUGCAGAUACUUCUCUCCCCUCCACAUGCUUGACAGCUAUUAUUGAAAUACGUCAGUUUGCAGUUUUUUUUAACAUAAAAUCUUUCCGGCAGAUUCAGAUUACCAAGCAAAAGUAUGGUCUGCUGUACAUAAUUCUAAGCCCAUGGUUAUCAUUAACCAUAGUUAACAAACCACAGUUAGAAUGGCGGCACUUGGCAGAUGGCUACUUAGAAUUUGGUUUGUUCCCUACAAGCCAGGAAUAUCUGCUUUUCCCUAGUGGCUCUGUAGGUUUGAGUCAUUGAUGGCUCCUUAACCGUAGUUAAGGCAGUUGAUAGUCUAGCACCCCCUAGUGGCUGGGAAUUCUGCCCCCUCUGAAUACCACCCUGGUAGCAAGAAGGCUGAUCAGAUAUCUUUAUGUUCUUCUGUCCUCAGCUCUUCCUCCUCCUCCUCUUCCUUCUAUGUUGAUAGAUUUUUUUUCUUGUACCUGUAGCACCCGGAAGCAGUCUGAUAUGUUUCAGAUCCACUCUGUUUCAUUCAAUAUGUUAUUCGGGUCUGAAUAUGCCCUGUUAAAUCUCAAGUUCUGUUUCCACGUCAUUGACAAUAACAGGGAAUCUAAAAGAGCUGCAACCUCUUCCUUUAUUACUUAAGUGGAUGAAAUUUGCAGGCAAAGGAGCACCUGCCUUUUUUGUGUGUGUCAGAUCCACCCAGAGGUCUUUGUGCAGGAAAAUAUAUACCCUCCCUAACUUUUUUUAGUGCCUACCACAGUUGAUGAACAUUGCAGGCCUGGUUGCCCUUUCUGAGGAGAUGAAGCCUACAAACAGUUUUGAAAGAUGAUUGCAGCAGUUCUCCAGCAAGGGCUCAUGUUACAAUUUCAAAACAGAAAAAUAAAGAUCCAUGUUUCCUCCUCUCUCUUUUUGUUUUGCAAGGGGACAUGGGGCCUCCCACCUGUCGGCAUUUCUCUGUGGCUUUUCAAGUCUUCCUGUGCUUCUCCUGUAAAACCAGUGUCAGAGAUUAAAAAGAGGAAUGCAGGGAGACUUGCAAAGCACUCUUUGAAGCAGCCUCCACCCCUUCCUUUAAAGGAGCCUGUUUCAAAGGGUGCUUUUGGCUUUGCUUGCAAAAUAUGCCUCUUUUUCUCCCUUCCCCUUCAUUUGAAAGAGGAGGGGAUUUCUCCAGUCCUCUGCCUUUGCUUGAGGUUAGGAAAUUAGAAGGUAAGGAGGAGUCAUGCAAAGACCUUUGCAAGUCUCCCCCUUCCAUUUUAAAUCCUCACCCUCUCACGGAUCUGCUCCCAUCUCUCAGCUGUGCUCAUCAGCCAAUGAGCAGAGAUUAAAUCCUGCUGCCUAGGCUGCAGGAUUCUCUUCCUACAAUUCGUUAUGAAUUAUAAGAUGCAGAGGUAGAUGUGUGUGUGUGUUUAACCAGCUUAAUUGUACUCAAAUCUUACAAUACUUGUCUGUUUAUUUAUUGCUAUAUAUCCCACCUUUUCCUCCAAGGAGCUUGAUAGCAUACAUGGUCCUUCCCCUCCUCAUCUAAUCCCCACAACAUCCCUGUAAAGUAGGUCAGGCUGAGAGGCCGUAACUGGCCUAAGAUCACCCAGUGAGCUUCAUGACUGAGCGAGGAUUUGAACGCAGGUGGCGCUGUGGUCUAAACCACAGAGCCUAGGGCUUGCUGAUCAGAAGGUCGGCGGUUCGAAUCCCUGUGACAGAGUGAGCUCCCAUUGCUCAGUCUCUGCUCCUGCCAACCUAGCAGUUUGAAAGCACGUCAAGUGCAAGUAGAUAAAUAGGUACCACUCUGGCGGGAAGGUAAGCGGCGUUUCCUUGCGCUGCUCUGGUUCGCCAGAAGCAGCUUAGUCAUGCUGGCCACAUGACCCAGAAGCCGUCUGCGGACAAACGCCGGCUCCCUCGGCCAGUAAAGCGAGAUGAGUGCCGCAACCCCAGAGUCGUCCGUGACUGGACUUAACGGUCAGGGGUCCCUUUACCUUUACCUUUUACCUCCCAGGUCCCAAUCCAGCGUUUUAACCACUACACCACACUACUUCACCACCCAGCCUUUUUUUAAAAAAGAAAGGUUUGCCGUAGGUUUAAGUGCUGUGUACAGUCCUGGCUUGUAAACUAGGAUUCAACUGUAGGUUGCAGUCUUGAUUUGUAAGUAGCGCUUAAACCAAAUCCCUGGUUUGGAUGUCGCAGGAAUCUGCAAUUUUAACUAACCAAGAAGAUGAACCACGGGGAGAGCCCUGAAGCUUGUUGCUUGUUCCAUCACCAGCACACAAUGGUUUGUUGGACUAAACAAAAAGCAGCGAAGUUGUAUUUGCCUGCAUUUCAUUCAGCCUCCUCUGAGUAGCUUGUCUGGCUGCAUUGUGGGGCUGAGAUAAAAGGCUGCCUCUGCUAUUCUUAUAUUCUAAAAAUAUUCCCGGUAUCUUAAAACUCCAUUCAAACACCCACUUAUUUGGAUUUUUAAAUUUUUUAUUUUAAAAGAACCCUUCGCUUUUGAUGGUGGAACCACAGAAACCGUUUCAGGACCAUUCCCGUAAUUGCUUGCUUUGUUAGAUGGAUAUUGCUUUUCUCCUUUUCCUCUUAUUUGCUUAUUUUUUUCUUCCACCACACGUAUAUAAAUUCAGUUGUUGUAUUGGGAGUGGUUUGCAGUGAAGGACGUAUUCAGCUAAAUCUAAUGCUGAUGACAUCUUUCCGCCGGGCUCAAACGAAGAACAUUGUUUGAGCUCGGAAGAGAGUUGUUCAGUCUGCACAGCCUUGGAAAAUGAAUGCGUUCAGCAACCAUUUCUAAGGAGCAGAAUUAUGAAACAGGAUGGGAAGAAUGCCAAGCAUUAAGGUGCUCCAACCAGAAGAGGCAGGUACGUCAGGCACAGGUUGUCUGUUCCUUACAUCGCAGGUAACUCUGGCCAGAAGGAAGGAGCUGCUCACAGCCAAAACCCAAAUUCCUUAACCCAAUGAGUUAUGUCGCUUUCAAACGUGGCAAAAUAUUCACACAUACCCCAUGUAAUGCGGAAUCAUGGGGAUUUAGAGGGAGUAAGAAGAGUCCCUUGCCAGCAAAGGUCCGUAUAGUUAAAGCUAUGGUUUUCCCAGUAGUGAUGUAUGGAAGUGAGAGCUGGACCAUAAAGAGGGCUGAUCACCGAAGAAUAGAUGCUUUUGAAUUAUGGUGCUGGAGGAGACUCUUGAGGGUCCCAUGGACUGCAAGAAGAUCAAACCUCUCCAUUCUGAAGGAAACCAGCCCUGAGUGCUCACUGGAAGGACAGAUCCUGAAGCUGAGACUCCAAGACUUUGGCCACCUCAUGAGAAGACAAGACUCCCUGGAAAAGACCCUGAUGUUGGGAAAGAUGGAGGGCACAAGGAGAAGGGGACGGCGGAGGACGAGAUGGUGGGACAGUGUUCUCGAAGCUACCAGCAUGAGUUUGACCAAACUGCGGGAGGCAGUGGAAGACAGAAGUGCCUGGCGUGCUCUGGUCCGUGGGGUCACGAAGAGUCGGACACGACUAAACGACUAAACAACAACAACAACAACGAGAGUCCUGCUGGAUGAGACCAAAGGUCUCUCUCCCCAUCCCGCACCCCACCCCUGCAGGUCAACACAGACUGGUGGGCAGGACACGUGCCCUGCCAAAGUCCUGUCAUUGCUUCCCAAGUGCCUGGGAAAAUACUUGCUCUUGGCCCUUGGGGUACUGCAGAAAAAGGGGUUUGGCCAGCCCCAUGUUUUAUGCUCGAAGAGCAUAUACCCUUUAACAUUCAUCUGAUGAAAAUAGGGACGUUUUUUCUUCUUCUUUUUGUGUACAGUGGUACCUCGGGUUACAUACGCUUCAGGUUACAUACGCUUCAGGUUACAGACACCGCUAACCCAGAAAUAGUACCUCGGGUUAAGAACUUUGCUUCAGGAUGAGAACAGAAAUUGUGCUGCAGCGGCACGGCAGCAGCAGGAGGCGCCAUUAGCUAAAGUGGUGCUUCAGGUUAAGAACAGUUUCAGGUUAAGAACGGACCACUGGAACGAAUUAAGUACUCAACCCGAGGUACCACUGUAAUUUUUAUUAAAUUUUCUACAACCUUAAAAUAUAAAUGACUUCCCUUUUUCUCUUUCCAUGGUUCAUUUUGUAUAACAUAAAUCCUUGCAUAGUCGUACCUUGGCAGUUGAGCACCUUGCAAUUCGAACGUUUUGGCUCCUGAACGCCGCAAACUUGGAAGUGAGUGUUCUGGUUUGCAAACGUUCUUUUGGAACCUGAACGUCCAACGCAGAUUCCGUGGGUUCCGAUUGGCUGCAGCAGAACCCUCAGCGCUGGACCUCAAGUGUCUGGGCCGAAUGAUGGGGCUGGAGAUGCUCCUUCAGGUAUACUGGACCGGGGCCAUUUAGGGCUUUAAAGGUCAGCACCAACACUUUGAAAUGUGCUCAGAAACGUGUUGUUGUUGUUGUUUAGUCGUUUAGUCGUGUCCGACUCUUCAUGACCCCAUGGACCAGAGCACGCCAGGCACUCCUGUCUUCACUCGGAAACGUACUGGGAGCCAGUGUAGGUCUUUCAGGACCAGUGUUAUAUGGUCUCGGAGGCCGCUCCUAGUCACCAGUCUAGCUGCUGCAUUCUGGAUUAGUUGCAGUUCUCCAGGUCACCUUCAAAGGUAGCCCCAUGUAGAGCGCAUUGCAGUAGUCCAAGUGAGAGAUAACCAGAGCAUGCGCCACUCUGGCAAGACAGUCAGCGGGCAGGUAGGGUUUCAGCACUGUGUACCAGAUGGAGUUGGUAAGCAGCUGCCCUGGACACAGAAUUGACCUGUGCCUCCAUGGACAGCUGUGGGUCCGAAAUGACUCCCAGGCUGCGCACCUGGUCCUUCAGGGGCACAGUUACCUCAUUCAGGACCAGGGAGAGGCCAUGGGAUGCUCCCUCACUGCCGCAGCUGCUUGGGACAGGUGCCAGCUCACCCACCUCCCCGAACUCUUGGUGGUGGCACUGGCAGGGGAAAUAGGGACAUUCUGGGAUCAAAUCAGAAGCCAGGAUGGAUUUUGUAAUUCCAGGGCUGUUCCUGGAAAAUAGGGACACUUGGAAGGUGUGAGAGCUCUGAGCUUGCAAAACCCUUAGUACAUCCCUUCCCAAACACCUGACGGCCAGCUGGCAAUCAAGGCAACAUGCAAACAAUUAAAACAGCGAUCAGCAGCACGAAAACAUCAAGAUGAUUUUAAACAAAUCAAGGUUAAAAAGCAUGAGUGGAAACAAAAGCCGUUAAGCUUGGGUAGGCUUGCUCAAGUCCUUGAAUGUCCUGUUCUUUUCAGCGCGUGCUCAUGUUUAAAUAGAAAGGAGGGGUCUCUAUAGCAACUCUUUCUAGUCUGAGAUUAAAGAGCACCUACGAACAGGAAACACAUGCACCCAGGAAGCUGAACACCUGUCUCUCUCUCUCUCUCUCUCUCUCUCUCUCUCUCUCUCUCUCUCUUCCCUCCCACCUUGGUUUUGUUUCAUCAAAAUAAAUGUUCUGCAAGAAGGCAGAAGGGUUUGCCUGCAAGACUCACUGGAAAAUACAAAAAACUAUGGCUCAAUUUCACAUUUAGAGAGAAGAUGUUCAUGUGCAGCUCAGAGGUGAGGAGGUGGAAAGCAUUUGUGUUGUUACAAAAGUUGGGUGCCCCCACUCUCUACAAGAUUCCAUGGGGACCCAGGCACUCAUCCAGGGUCUGUGUUCCUUUGGAGAAUUAAGCAUGGCAGAGACUGUCAUCGCUUUAAGAAAUAUGGUUCAUUCACCUAUUGACACCUUCAGUCUGCAUGGAGGGAGUCCAGAUCUUACAGCAUGGUCAUUUCAAGAUGGGCUUGUACCCCACAGCAGUGUAGACCUGGGGUCCGCGGCAUGUCUCCCAGCCAGCCUUCAGCCAACCUGCCCAAGAUGGAUCCUGGUCUCUCUCCCCUUCUUCUUCCCAGCACACCUUGCUAAAAAACCCUCUCUUUUCCUGUCAUCCCAGGUCAAUGAGGGAGGACAGUUCUCUUGCAUUGCCAAUGGCCCUCUAUUUUUUCUUGAUGGCCUUAGCUUGACCGGGUCAUUUUGCAUAGGCUAGCUGAGGAAUCCCUCUGCAGUUUUUUAUUUCUCCCUUCAUGCCACAAAAAAAUCAAAAUCCUACCAUUUAUUAAUUUCUAGGGUUUAGGGAGUUAUCGUCCCCCCCCCAAAGAAUCUACAACAGUAUUUAUGCUUUGGCUUUGUUACCCUGAAGGCGUAAGAAAGAUGUUUGCAGCACAGUUGGCUAGGAAUUAGGCCAGCCUCCCACACUAUAAUUUUCAUGGCACAAUACACUUCUGUAUUGUACAAAUGUGUUGAAGGAGAUUUUAUCGCAGGUUGAAGCACCUGCAGAAGGCCAUGGGUUCAAGGUGCCAGAAAAAGCUCACCAAUAUUCAUGCUACCUUUUUUUUUGCAGCAGUAGUGAUGGCUUUCGGGGUUUAGCCUGUUUUAAGCUGGGAACUCAUGAUUCUCUCACGUUAUGCCUCAAUGCUUUCUCCAGAUUCCUGCACUUUCUUCCCUCCAGCCCCUAAGCAGGGGUUUUUCCCUCAGUCCCAUUCUCCUUGUUCCUUCCGUUCUUCAGCUGCCAUCACCAUCCACCCCAAUUCCUCCCAAGCUCUUUCUUCCUCCAUCUGUUCCUCCCUGCUUCUCAGACCACUGUGUGACUAUCGAUGGCUACUGUUUGCCACUGAAUAUCAGUAGUUGGCUCCUUCAUGGCAAGUUCUUAGAGAAAUGGGAGUGCCUGAUCACCUCAUCUGUCUCCUGAGAAAUCUCUAUGUGGGACAAAAAGCUACAGUUAGAACUGGAUAUGGAACAACUGAUUGGUUAAAAAUUGGGAAAGGAGUACGACAAGGCUGUAUAUUGUCUCCUUGCUUAUUUAACUUAUAUGCAGAAUUCAUCAUGCGAAAGGCUGGACUGGAUGAAUCCCAAGCUGGAAUUAAGAUUGCCGGAAGAAAUAUCAACAACCUCAGAUAUGCAGAUGAUACAGCCUUGAUGGCAGAAAGUGAGGAGGAAUUAAAGAACCUUUUGAUGAGGGUGAAAGAGGAGAGCGCAAAAUAUGGUCUGAAGCUCAAUAUCAAAAAAACGAAGAUCAUGGCCACUGGUCCCAUCACCUCCUGGCAAAUAGAAGGGGAAGAAAUGGAGGCAGUGAGAGAUUGUACUUUCUUGAGUUCCAUGAUCACUGCAGACGGUGACAGCAGUCAUGAAAUUAAAAGACGCCUGCUUCUUAGGAGAAAAGCGAUGACAAACCUAGACAGCAUCUUAAAAAGCAGAGACAUCACCUUGCCGACAGAGGUCCGUAUAGUUAAAGUAGUGAUGGAUGGAAGUGAGAGCUGGACCAUAAAGAAGGCUGAUCGCCGAAGAAUUGAUGCUUUUGAAUUAUGGUGCUGGAGGAGACUCUUGAGAGUCCCAUGGACUGCAAGAAGAUCCAACCUAUCCAUUCUGAAGGAAAUCAGCCCUGAGUGCUCACUGGAAGGACAGAUCGUGAAGCUGAGGCUCCAAUACUUUGGCCACCUCAUGAGAAGAGAAGACUCCCUGGAAAAGACCCUGAUGCUGGGAAAGAUGGGGGGCAGAAGGAGAAGGGGACGACAGAGGACGAGAUGGUUGGACAGUGUUCUCGAAGCUACCAAACUGCGGGAGGCAGUGGAAGACAGGAGUGCCUGGUGUGCUCUGGUCCAUGGGGUCACGAAGAGUCGGACACGACUAAACAACAGAUCAAUUGGAAAUCACAUGGGGAGAGAGCACUGUUGCAGUCAUCCAGUUGGACUACAAUCCUGUGACCCAUAAAGCCUUCAGUGGCUCUGGACUGCAAUAUCUCAAGGACCACCUCUCCAUGAUACCAGCCCUUUUCCGCGUGCCUCAUAUAUGAGAGGUCCGGAAAGUGGCAACAUGAUAAUGGGCCUUCUCUGCAGUGCCUCCCAUUUGUGGAGUGCUCUCCCCAGGGAGGCUCACCGGUACCAGGCGAAAACGUUCCUCUUCAACCAGAUUGACAUCUAAUGCCCCUUUGAAUGUGUUGUGGGAAGGGGAUUAUUCGUUGUCGUUUUGUUCUUAUUUUUAUUAUGUGCUGUGUUUUUUAUAUUAUAAUUUUAUGUUGUGAACCACCCUAAUAUCUAUGGAUGAAGGGCAGUCUACACCAGGGGUAGGCAACCUAAGGCCUGUGGGCCUUCUAAAUCCAGUCGCCUUCUAAAUCCAGCCCACGGGUGGUCCGGGAAUCAGCGUGUUUUUACAUGAGUAGAAUGUGUCCUUUUAUUUAAAAUGCAUCUCUGGGUUAUUUGUGGGGCAUAGGAAUUCAUUCAUUUUUCCAAAAUAUAGUCCGGCCCACCACAUGGUCUGAGGGACGGUGAACUGGCCCAUGGCUGAAAAAGGUUGCUGACCUCUGGUCUACACAUAAUAAUAAUAAUAAUAAUAAUAAUAAUGGUUAUUUUCAGCCGGAACUCACCGGAGCUCAGUUCUGGCAGCUCUCACGUGGGUGCCAUUACCAUUAUAAGACAACAAGGGAGGCGUUCUUUGAGUGUUCCAGCACCUCUUUUUCUAUAAAAAUAGCACUGAUAAUAGUAAUGAUUUGGCUCCUUUGCAUUUCCCUGACCUCCCACUGGCCUCUGUCCCAACACCUAACGCUAAGAGAAGAGACUAGAUCCCUGGUCUAAGAUCCUGCUUUCUCUUGGCUUCUUGGCCUGCAGUCUGACAAAAUUCCAGAAUCAUGGAGCUACAGCAAUUCCUAUUGCCAUAACAGCUUGCCUCCGAAUAUUUGUUCACAACAAAGCAAGGCAAAGUGUUGUUGCAAUUGCAAAGCGUAAAUUGCAGCAGCGAGGCUUACAGAGAACCACAGAGCACAAAAAUAACUGUUAUUAUAUUGAAGAACACUCUAAGCAGCUGGCAGCAGGAGGGCUUAGGAGUCCUGUAUCAAAGAUCUUCCUCGGCUGAUAGCAGCUUGAAAAUGCAUUAAGGCCCCGGUUGCAGUUUUUCGCAGCUGGGAGGACUUCGGAGCUGUUUAUCCCUCCAAAGAAAUUACUUGAUCCCAGAAUUUUAAUACCACCGCAAGGGUCCAGACUUCCAGGCCGGAAUCCCAAGAGGGGAAAGUACUGUUGUUGCCUUAAGUCCUGUUUGCAAGCUUCUCGUGGAUGUCUAGUUGCAGACCCUCCAGGUGUCCCUAUUUUCCAGGGACAGUCCCGGAUUUACAGAAGCCGUCCCGGUUUCUGAUCUGAUCCUGGAAUUUCCUGCUUUUCCUUAGAAUGUCCCAGAGUGGCUGGGGCAACCCAGUCAGAUGGGUGGGGUACAAACAAACAAACAAACAAACAAUAAUUGAAAUUGUCACUUUGCCUUCCUUAGUGCAGAAAGUAUUGAUCUGAUGUGUAGAGAUCUUUCCUAUUCUACUUAAUUCAAGAGGGUUCUGGAAGCUUCUCUGUGUGAAAGAAACAAGCAGAAGGUUCAUGAUGUUUGGGUUAUUCCUUCCCAGAAGCUGGUUUAAACUAGUUCUCUUAUCUCUUCUGUCAAGGUCAUGCUGACUAUAUAAGUAGGGCCAGAAGUUUCAUUUUCUCUUUCUAUCUCUUUUCCUUCUGGUAUGGUGUUCUGUUCACGGUAUGCUUAGUGUUAAGAUUUAGUUAAGUUAUUGUAAGGUAAGGUAAAGUUAUUGUAAGCUUAAGUUAAAUCUUCUGCAACUGGAUUUAUUAUAGGCAGUGCCAAUCCUGAUUGUAUUGGAUUUGUGACCAUUUGCCUUGAGUAGCAGUAAAGCUCUGCUGGAUGAAAUAUUAAUUGCCUCUGGUCUAUUUUUUGGGAAUCCUGCAACAUGUUUAAGUUUUUACUUUGCUAACUAUCCAUUGGAAUCUACUCUGGAUCAAUACUGAGUAGAAUUCCAUGGCAGAAAUGUUGGACGGUAUGCUAGGAUGUCCCUAUUUUCAUCAGAGAAACGUUGGAGGGUAUGGAAUUAUGAGACCCCUGAGCCAAGGAGAUAAGUAACUAUACAACCUUUAGGAGAUAUCUGAAGGCAGCUCUGUAUAGGGAAGUUUAUUAAUGUUCAAUGUUUUAUUACGUAUAUAUAUAUAUGUUGGAAGCUGCCCAGAGUGGCUGGGGCAACCCAGACAGAUGGGCAGGAGGUGGUUGUUGUGGUUGUUAUUGUUAUUGCAACAGGUCAUCCCUAUUUUCAUCAGAGAAAUGAUGGAUGGUACCUCGGGAUGAAUACGCUUCAGCUUAAAUAUUUUCGGGUAGUGCUGUGCGUCGACCUGGAAAUAACGGAACACGUUACUUCCAGGUUUCGCUGCUCGCGCAGAUGCUCAAAAUGAUGUCACGCGCAUGCGCGGAAGCAGCAAAACGCGACCCGCGCAUGCUCAGACGCAGGUUGCGUUCGCUUCAGGAUGUGAACCGGGCUCUGGAACGGAUCCCGUUCGCAUCCAGAGGUACCACUGUAUAUAGUUGGCCACAGUGAGAACUGCAUAACUUUUCUUACGUUAUGUCUUUUUAACCCAAAUUUCCAGCUUGAUGUUUUUUAUUCUGUUUAAUAUUCCGUUAGGAGCCGCACAGAGCGGCUGGGGAAACCCAGCCAGAUGGGUGGAGUAUAAAUAAUAAAUUAUUAUAAUAUUAAGGUAAAGGUAAAGGGACCCCUGACCAUUAGGUCCAGUCGUGACCGACUCUGGGGUUGCGGCGCUCAUCUCGCUUUAUUGGCCGAGGGAGCCGGCGUUUGUCCGCAGACAGCUUCUGGGUCAUGUAGCCAGCAUGACUAAGCCGCUUCUGGUGAACCAGAGCAGCGCACGGAAACGCCGUUUACCUUCCCGCCGGAGUGGUACCUAUUUAUCUACUUGCACUUUGACGUGCUUUUGAACUGCUAGGUUGGCAGGAGCAGGGACCGAGCAACGGGAGCUCACCCCGUUGCGGGGAUUCGAACCGCUGACCUUCUGAUCAGCAAGUCCUAGGCUCUGUGGUUUAACCCACAGCACCACCCGCAUCCCUAUUAUAAUAUCAAGAUUACUUAUUUUUUUUACCCACAUUAUAUAUCUCCUCCGCAGGAUCACGAAGGAGCGAGUGCCCUUCCGGCUCCGCCAAGCAGCCACGUGCCAAUUUCCAAGUGUGGCGACCUGGACGUCCUCUUUGAGUACAAGCCCUCGAGCCAAAAGCUGCUGGUGACCAUCCUGGAGGCGAAGGAGAUCCCUGACAAGGACCGCAGCGGAGCCAGCUCCUGGCAGGUGCACGUGGUCCUGAUGCCCAGCAAGAAGCAGAGAGGGAAGACCAGCGUCCAGCGAGGCCCCAGCCCCGGGUUCAAGGACAAGGUGACCUUCAGCAAGUUGGCACCGGAGGAGCUGAGCAGCUACGCCCUCCGGUUCCGCCUCUACUCCGUGCGCAAAAUGAUCAAGGAGAGAAUGAUGGGGGAGCACCUGUUUUAUCUCAGCCACCUGAACCAGGAAGGGGAAAUGAAGGUCACGCUAGUCUUGGAGCCCAGGAGCAACUUGUGUGUAAGUUUUUAGGCUGGAAGAAGCCACCUAACGCUGUCCCCUCCCCCAAAAAUUGUAUUGAGACUUUUCACACACACACAUAUAUAUAUAUUUGAAUUAAUUUUUUAAUUAAUUUUAAAUUAAUUUUUUAAUUUAAUUAAUUUUUUAAAUUAAUUUUAAUUAAUUAAAAUUUGAAUUAAUUUUUAACAUAUCUUUUCCAACAGUCAUUUAACACAACUUCUUAUCUUAUACAAUAUUUUAGACUUCCGUCUACAACCUCUGAAGAUUUUCCAUUCUUUAUCACUUAUUCUGCAUUUCUUAAUUUCUCUGUUACUUUUAAUUGUCAUUAACUAAUAAUUCUCUUCCUUGCAAUGUAUCAUAUAAUCCUCCUCACAGAACUUCUUGCAGUCCUACUAGCGUAAUCUGCUUAUUACAAUUGCUUUCCAAAUAGUUCAAAUGUUUACUCCAGUCUUCUAAGAAUCUCUGGUCCCGCAGGUUUCGAAUCCUUCCUGUUAAUUUAUCUAAUUCUGCAUAGUCCAUUAAUUUCAAAUUUUAUUGAGACUUUUCAUCAUGGAAUACAAUAAAUAACAAACUAAUCUAACCACAUAUAGACUUUUUGCAGUGGCUCCUCUUCUGUGGAAUGCUCUCCCCAGGGAAGUUCGCCUGGUGCCUUCAUUAUGCACCUUUGGUUGAUUUCAAAGAAUCACAGAACUGUAGAGUUGGAAGGGACCCUGAGGAUCAUCUAGUCCAACCCCCUGCAAUGCAGGAAUAUGCAGCUGGUCCAUACAGGGAUCGAACCUGCAACCUUGGUGUUAUCAGCACCAUGGUCUAACCAAUUUGAUUGACAUCCUGUGCCCUUCUAAAAUGUGUGUGUUUGUGUGUGGGGGGGUUAUUGGGUUUGUUGUUAUUUUUAUUUUUAUUAUGUACUUUGUGGUUUUAUAUUCCGAUUUUAUCCUGUGAACCGCCCUGAGACCUGUGGGUAUAGGAAAGAAUAUAAAUUCAAAUAACAACAACAACUUACAAUAUUUGGGUUUGAGGACUGAAGGUAAUAUUGGUUUAUAGAAAGUGAAUUUGUUGGGUGUUAUCUUGGAGUGGAUGUGCUGACUAAUUUUCUACCUAUAGCUGAAAGAUGAAGAAUUGGAAGUUCUCUUUUUUCCAACCUCUUUUUUCUGCAUAUUCUCCUUCAGUCUUUAUUUAGAUUAGUUUUUUGGUCUUGAUACAAAGAUAUUUGAUAGAAAUCUUUGUACAGUGGUACCUCCGGUUGCGGACAGAAUCCAUUCCGGAGGUCCGGUUGGAUCCUGAGGUUUCCGCAACCUGAGGACCGCUACUGCGCAUGCGCGCGUGGUGAAACCUGGUAAAAUAAUCUGGGUUUGCUGUGCACGCAUCCCGAAGUUUACGUAACCAGAGGGUUACAUAAACGGAGGUACGACUAUAUUCUUUUUCAAAUUUCAAUAAUUUUUUUUUUUUAAAGCCAAACUCAUCUAAAUAAAAAACAUAGAGAGAGAAAGUGCAGAGAAAAUGCAAAUCCUUCUCUCAAAAGCCAAUCUUAAUCCUUGUCUCGCACAAAAGGGGGUGGACCCUCCCACCUCCCAUUUACGGGACCAUAGCUCUGUCCUACAGGCCCGACAGAAGGAGGUUAAAUCCUGCAGGGCCCUGGUCUCGUGGGACAGAGCAUUCCACCAGGUCGGAGCCAUCACUGAAAAGGCCCUGGCCCUGGUGGAGGAUAGUCUGACUUCCUUAGGGCCCGGGACCUCUAAACUAUGGUUAUUCAUGGACCUUAAGGUCCUCUGCGGGGCAUACCAGGAGAGGCGGUAUUGCAAUUGCUUCAGUUCUGCAUAAGUACCCAGAAGGCAUAAAAUAAUCCUGGAGGGGCUCCAGUGUAGGCUUACAAACCAUUAAUUAAAAAAGAGAGAGAUGUUUUCAUUAAGAAUUUGAGGUCUUAAGCAUCAAGGAUAAGAAAUAAAUUACGCAACCUGUUUAGGUGGUGUUAAUAAAAAAGAAAUCUAACCAUCUAAAUACUUCUUUUUUAAAUAAAAUAGAAAUCCAUGCUUGUUAUAAAUCUACUGUGCCCCAGUAGUUGAUUAUCAAAUGAAUCAACCCCUCCCUGUACACCAUACCCAAAUUCUCUCUUCUGCAAAAUUCCCCCAGAUUCCAGCUACAAACAUAUGCAACUGCUCCUACUUUAUUGGUUCUGAAUUUGUUUACCUAAAUACAACAAAAGAUAGCUCAGAUCUCCUGCAAAACAGGUGGGAGGCUGAAUAUUUUGUUUUUAAUCGGUGCACCAAGGAUAUUUCGCUCUCAGAGACUGGUAUGAAAGGCAUUUCUGGGCAACGAAUUACAGCCCCCGACCGUUGUGCAGGCAUUUACGUAAUCCCUUUUGCAGCAGGGAUCGGUGCAUUAAAUGCUUCUCUCAAAGGCAGAUCGAGUGCGGCUGGUUCAGAGCUUAUGGGGUGCACAGGAAAUCCUGCAACUAUGAAUUCCAAUGGAAGGCGAGAAGUUGGGCGGGGGCACUGGAUUUUGGCAUUGCACAGGGCACCACUUAAAAUUUGAGGUGCCAAGGCGUCUCUGGCACAGAAAUGCCACUUGCUCUCCUGGCUUCAGGGAUAGCCUCCCGAAGCCUCCUGAGCGCAGCGGGAUUGCUCCUCCCGCUGUGCUCCGGAGGCUUUCUGUUGCUUUUGCUGAAGCCAGGAGAGCAAGAGGGAUCGAUCCCUCUUGCUCUCCUGCCUUCGCUUCACUGGAGAGCCACUGCACGGCUUUCCCUCUCUGCGCAGCGCCACUUCAGUGAAGCGGGAGGAGAAAUGGAAGGGGCUCCAUUUCUCCUGCCGCUUCACUGACGGGGCGCUGCGCAGAGAGGGAGGGAACAUUUUUUUUCUUGUUCUCCUCCUCUAAAACUAGGUGCGUCUUAUGGUUAGGGGCGUCUUAUACAGGGAAAAAUACAGUAUUUAUUUAUUACACACACACACUCACUCACUCUAGUUUUCUGUUUUACAAUUUAAAGUACUCAUUUUUACAUCCUUAAAAUAUUAAUGACUUCCCUUCUUCUCUUUCCAUGGUUCAUUUUACAUAUCAUAAAUCCCUGCGUAUUUUACAGAAACUAAACCAUUCAGCAUUCCAUUAUUCCAUCCAUCAAAACUUAUUUACACUGCUGAAUUUAUCUUAACGCUGCCAACGUUUUCAGCUGUACGCAGUUCUUUCCCAUAUAUUCAGUAAACAUUUUCCAAUCUUCUUUAAACACAUGUUCUUCUUAUCCUCUUAUUCUAUAUGUUAAGUCUGCAAGCUGUGCAUGUUCUGUCAACUUAAGUUGCCAUUCUUCUUUGGCUGGAACCUCGCUCGUUUUCCAUUUUUGGGCUAACAAAACACGGGCCGUAGUAGUGGUAUACUUAAAUAACCUUUUCUGACACCUGGGAAUUUCAGUCUGAAUUAUCUCCAACAGAAAGGACUCUGGGUUUUGAGGGGAAAGUACUUUUAAACAUUUUUUUUCAAUUCAUUAUGGAUCGUUUCCCAAUACUCUUUUACCCUUUUACAAGUCCACCACAUAUGAAGGAAUGUUCCCUCCACCUCUUGGUUAACGCUUACUCUCUGUUCUCCAUCCCCAACAGAGCGGAGGCUCCCAGAUGAGUCUCUCGGUCAUCUCUCACAGCGACAGUGCUUCUUCGACCCAGUCCCUGUCACACGGAGGGGUUCCAGAACUGCUGGUGGGCCUAUCCUACAAUGCCACGACGGGGCGGCUGUCUGUCGAAAUGAUCAAAGGCAGCCACUUCCGGAACCUGGCUAUUAACAGGCCGCCUGGUAUGUAAAAGCGUUUUGUUUUGUUUUUGUAGCCAGCAUGCAAAGUCUCCUAGCUUAGCAGAUGUGGCUGGGCUUGAAUUCAGAAGCUUGCGGUCAGGGGCAGAGGGGCUGCGAUCUAGUUGCCUGUUAUGUACUGAGUUGAAUAGGAUCCAGAAUGCAGCAGUCUGAUUGGUCCUAGAACAAUAGGAUCCAGAAUGCAGUAGUCUGAUUGGUCCUAGAACAAUAGGAUCCAGAAUGCAGCAGUCUGAUUGGUCCACAGGAACCACCCAAUCCAGCUCCAGGUGGAAGUGAAUCUGCAACCUGAUUGGCCUACAGGAAAAUCCCGGAAUUAGCCAAUCACGUAGGGCCCGUUGUGUAAAUAAUGUAUAUAAAGCAGACAUUUUGGGGGAACUUCCAUUACUCGCUACUAUGAGCUGAAUAAAGAGCAUGAAAUCCACACUCGACUCUGAGUAUAUUUCAUUGCCCAUGGCAUUUUGUAUAGAAAGGAGGGGUGUAAAUAAAGCUGGAGAUAUUUCUCCAGACAGUGGAAGGCAAUUUCAAAGAGAGAUUUGUGCUUGAGGGCGUGUUCACACAUCCCCGCUCGCACCUAGAAAUGUCUAAGGAUUCCGAUUUAAACAGAAACAGGCUGGAUAUUACGUGUUUUUUUCCAUGUCUGGGACAGAAAUCAAUCUAGCAAAUACAACCGGCAUUCUGCGGCGGCCUUCAGUCUGCAAACAAUACGUAAUUAAUUACGCCGCCCCCCCCCCCAUUUCCACUGCAUUGAAAUGAACGGGGUGGAAUAAUGUUUUGAGGACGUGACUCUGCUAAUUGUGAAAGUCACAAAGUUUUGCCACAAAGGACAGCGAGGCAAAUAACAGAGUUUUGCGCAGAAGACGAACUGCAGCAGAAUGGAAACAGUGGAACAGAAAACGACAACUUCUUGCGCAGGUUUAUUGUGUUGCCUGAAAAAAGAUACUUGCUUUAUUGGAGGCAGCAACAGGGCAAAAUAAAUAGGUGACACUCAUGGGAAGCGAUGGUUCCUAGAGCAUCAGAAAUUUAUUGGAUAAGACGCAGCUUUUCAGAGAAGGUUUCCUGGUGACAUAGGAGGAGCGUAGCAAACAAGGGCAGGUUGUCCUGCCGCAACGCUGAUAGUGAAAUGAUUUAACAACUCUCGUCAGCUGAGCUUUGGCCUCCGCCCUGCAAAGCAAAUUCCAUUUCCUCCAUUUAUUUUAUGGUUUGUUUGGUUUUUGCUUGGGCCAAUCACAUCCUGUAGGAGUCGACAGCAUCGGUGGCACUUGGAGACACCUUUUUGUGUCUCAUUAACAAGCCGUGGGCUUAGCACUGAGCCCCAGUCAAUGGUUCCUUCUGGUGAGAAUCGAGCUGCGUCGUGCUGACUUGAAGAACUUCUGGGUUUUUUUUAAAUGAUAUUUAUUAAGGUUUCAAAGAAAAAAGUUACAUAAAUAAAAAGAAAAGAAAAAAAGGACAAAAAUAAAAAGAAAAGAAAAAUACAAAAUACAGAAAAAAGGUAAAAAACACUUUAUAAAAAAAAAAACUUUAAAAAAACACAUCAAUCUUUCCAUGCCUUACAUUCAUUUCCUUGCUUCCCUGACCUCCUCGCACCUCCCUUUUUUUGUAUUCCAAUUCAGUUAGUUAAUUCAGCAAUUUCUUUCCCUCUUUGUUUUUAAUAAUAAUAAUAAUAAUUUAUUAUUUAUACCCCGCCCAUCUGGCUGGGCUUCCCCGGCCACUCUGGGCGGCUUCCAAAAGAAUAUUAAAAUACUAUAAUACAUCAAACAUUAAAAGCUUCCCGAAACAGGGCUGCCUUCAGAUGUCUUCUAAAAGCCUGGUAGUUGUUGUUCUCUUUGACAUCUGGUGGGAGGGUGUUCCACAGGGAAGGCGCCACUACCGAGAAGGCCCUCUGCCUGGUUCCCUGUAACUUGGCUUCUCGCAGUGAGGGAACCGCCAGAAGGCCCUCGGUGCUGGACCUCAGUGUCCGGGUAGAACGAUGGGGGUGGAGACGCUCCUUCAGAUAUACUGGACCGAGGCCGUUUAGGGCUUUAACUUAAUCCUUUAACUUAAUAUAUUAUAACUUUGGAUUCUCACCUGUUAACAAUCCAUUUUUACAUACACCUUUAUAACAUUGCUGCUUAAACCACUUAACUUCAUUCUGACAUCAUUCUAACAUUCAUUAAUUUUGCAAUAUUUCUGUAAAUAGUCUUUAAAUUUCUUCCAAUCUUCUUCCACCGACUCUUCUCCCUGGUCUCGGAUUCUGCCAGUCAUUUCCGCCAAUUCCAUGUAGUCCAUCACCUUCAUCUGCCAUUCUUCCAGAGUGGGUAGAUCUUGUGUCUCCCAAAACUUUGCAAUAAGUAUUCUUGCUGCUGUUGUGGCAUACAUAAAGAAAGUUCUGUCCUUCUUUGGCACCAUUUGGCCGACCAUGCCCAGGAGAAAGGCCUCUGGUUUCUUCAGAAAGGUAUAUUUAAAUACCCUUUUCAUUUCAUUAUAAAUCAUCUCCCAGAAAGCCUUAAUCCUUGGGCACGUCCACCAAAGGUGAAAGAAUGUACCUUCAGUUUCUUUACAUUUCCAACAUUUAUUAUCGGGCAAAUGAUAGAUUUUUGCAAGCUUGACUGGUGUCAUGUACCACCUGUAUAUCAUUUUCAUAAUAUUCUCUCUUAAGGCAUUACAUGCCGUAAACUUCAUACCUGUGGUCCAUAACUGUUCCCAGUCAGCCAUCAUUAUGUUAUGUCCAAUGUCUUGUGCCCAUUUAAUCAUAGCAGAUUUCACCGUUUCAUCCUGUGUAUUCCAUUUCAACAGCAAGUUAUACAUCUUUGACAAAAUCUUAGUUUUGGGUUCUAGCAGUUCUGUUUCUAAUUUUGAUUUUUCCACCUGGAAGCCAAUUUUCUUAUCCAAAUUGUAUGCCUCCAUUAUCUGAUAAUAAUGAAGCCAGUCUCGCACUUUGUUUUUAAUUUCUCAAAACUCUGCAAUUUCAGUCUAUCUCCCUCUUGUUCCAAAAUUUCCCAAUAUUUCGGCCAUUUGACCUCCAUAUUGAGCUUUUUCUGAGCUUUCGCUUCCAUCGGUGACAGUCACCUUGGGGUUUUGUUUUCCAGUAGGUCCUUAUAUCUUAUCCAGACAUUAAACAAUGCUUUCCUGACAAUAUGGUUUUUAAAUGCUUUAUGUGCUUUGACCUUAUCAUACCACAAAUAUGCAUGCCAUCCAAAUACAUUAUUAAAACCUUCUAAAUCCAAAAUGUCUGUGUUUUCAAGAAGCAGCCAUUCUUGACUUGAAGAACUUCUGACUGCAGCUUUCAAGGCCCCCUAUUCCUUGGGAAGCACCAUUAAUUGUGUUAAUUAUCCAUAUGUCUGAAUCAUAGAAUCAUGGAACUAUGGAGUUGGAAGGGACAUUGAGGGUCAUCUAGUCCAACCCCCUGCAAUGCAGGAAUCUCAACUGAAGCAUCCAUGGCAGAUGGCCGUCCAACUUCUGCUUAAAAACCUCCAUGGAAGGAGAGCCCACCACCUCCCGCGGGAGUUCGUUCUGCUGUUGAACGGCUCUUACUGCCAGAAAGGUCUUCCUGAUGUUUAGUCAGAAUCCCCUUGUGGCGAUCACACAGGGUCCCCGGACGUUUCACCAUCUACUGAUCCCUGUGCCACCACUUUAUUUCUCGCUGCCACCACCCAGGCCCUACCUGGUACAAUACUGAGUCCAGUCAGGGUUAAAUUGGAACAUAAACUUCUGUUUAUUUAUUGCAGUUUAACAAGCGUGUGGUUUCAUAAACGGUCUCAGUCAAUUACAGUCAUGGGAUGGCUAUCCAGACCUAUAACUUCCGCUACCUGCUCUCACUCACUAAACCACUUCUCAGAUAUUUACUUGUCUUCCUAGCCCUAACUGUUCCUGACUCAGCUUAUUUUGCUACACUAACUCAACCUGCCCACAGACUCUAUCCCGAUUCACUCCCACUCCAAGCAACCACCCAACUCCCAAUGAACUCCUCUCUUUGCCUCUCCCAGAGAUGGUUUUAUAGUCUCUCUGACUCCACCCCCUGGGUUCUGAUAGGGUAACCUGUUUAACUAUUUCACCUCCAGCACUCUCGUAUGUUAACGUCACACCUCUUUCUUCCAACUUGAAGCCAUGGGUUCGAGUCCUACCCUCCAGGGCAGGAGAAAACCAGCUCGCUCCAUCUUCCAUGUGACAGUCCUUGAGAUAUAUGGAGAUGGAUCUCAUAUCUCCUCUUGGUCUCCUCUUCCAGGCUAAGCUCCCUCAACCGUUCCCAGACCCUUGAUCAUCUUGGCCACCUCCUAUGCAUUUUCAUAGAGUUGGGCAGCAAAUUAUUUUCCAUGUUCUUGUUUUUCUUCUGACCUGAAAUGGGAACAGUAUGUACAUAUUUUAAAUAAACAAGUAAUCUGAGGGUGAAGGACAGCGCAGGUACCGAUUUAUUAUUGUAAUUGUUUUGUAUCCCAAAUUUGCCUCCAAGGAUGUCAAGGUGCCGUAAAUGGUCCCCCCCCCAUUUGAUCCCCACAACAACCCUGUGAGGUAGGUUAGGCUGAGAAACAAUGACCACCCCAAGGCCACUCAGUGAGCUUUAUGGCAAUAAUAAUAAUAAUAAUAAUAAUAAUAUUUAUACCCCGCCCAUCUGGUUUCCCCAGCAACUCUGGGUGGCUCCCAACAGAAUAUUAAAAACACAAUAAAACAUCAAACAUUAAAAACUUCCCUAAACAGGGCUGCUCUCAGAAGUCUUCUAAAAGUCAGAUACAGUGGUACAUCUGGUUGCGAACGGGAUCUGUUCCGGAGGCCCGUUCGCAACAUGAAAAGCCCGCAACCUGAAGCGCCAUAUCUGUGCAGGUGCACGGUGUGAUUUGGCGCUUGUGCGCACACACGAAGCGUGAUUUAGCGCUACUGUGCAUGCACGAGUAGCGAAACCUGGAAGUAACCCACAGCCUGAAAAAAACGUAACAUGAAGCAAACGUAACAUGAGGUUUGACUGUAGUUGUUUAUUUCCUGGACAUCUGGUGGAAGGGCGUUCCAGAGGGAGGGUGCCACUACUGAGAAGGCCCUCUGCCUGGUUCCCUGUAAUUUCAAUUCUUGCAGUGAGGGAACCGCCAGAAGGCCCUUGGAGCUGGACCUGAGUGUCCUGGCAGAAUGAUGGGGGUGGAGACGCUCCUUCACGUAUACUGGGCUAAGGCCGUUUAGGGCUUUAAAGGUCAGCACCAACACUUUUAAUUGUGCUCAGAAACAUACUGGGAGCCAAUGUAAGUCUUUAAGGACCAGUCUUAUAUGGUCUUGGCGGCCACUAAGUGGGGAUUUGAACCCUGAUCUCCCAGGUCCGUGUUUGACACUAGAGGACUGAGCAGCAAGAUAACUAGCAAGGACUGGUGUGUGAUUGUGUGUGCAGUGAUGGGGUCCAACCCUUGUAUCUUAAAGGGGGCACACUGAGUGCAUCUUUCCUGGGAAGAGUUAACCUGAUAACUCUUCUGCCAGGAAAAAAGCUACAAUAAAUAAAAUACUAAAAGAGAACUCUAAAAGAGAUUGCUCUCUCAUUUCCCAAAUCGCUUUGUGUCUUGUCUAUUUAGAUUUUUACGUCACUGAAAGAAACACACCCCACCGCUUAGGUUUACAUAAAAUAGUAUAAAACAUUCAUUUUAAAAGCAAUAAAAGCAGACUUUUAAAAAGCAUCUGAAUAAAAAAUAUAACAAUAUUCAAACAAACAUACGUAAUAGAAUUACGUGUCUGGGGGAGGCUUGUGUGUAUGUUUCCCAAAUGCACACUCAGGUACGCUGAUGUGUUCAUCCUAGAACUUGUAGCAAAAUGUCUGAAGGCUGUUCAUUCAAAACAUGCACAGAAAAACAGACACACAAACACUGGUGACAGCAGCAGUGACAGAAGAGGAAGCUGCCUAGAGAGGGACUCCUUGCUUCUGAGUCGUAUACAAGUGUUUUCGCGCCAGAAGCGAGACAUUGCACCUUGUUUCUCAGGCGCAGAGGUGUGGAAAAGAGCGUGUCACAAAGAGAAAGAAGCUGGAUGCUCUCAGGGGAAGAUUGAGGGUUGCCAUUCCAGUUCUACUCAGCUAAAUUCCACGCAGAGCAGACCUAACAAAAGCUAGGUUUGUUAAUUUCAACACGUUCGCACUGGGCUGUUGAUGUUUGGUGUUGAUUCUGUCCAUGAUAUUCAGGUUAGGGCUUAGGGCCCUCGUAUUUAUGGGACUGCCUCUCCUGGUCUGCCCCGCAGAGGACCUUAAGGUCCAUGAAUAACCGUAGUUUAGAGAUGCUGGGCCCUAAGGAAGUCAGACUAUCCUCCACCAGGGCCAGGGCCUUUUCAGUGAUGGCUCCGACCUGGUGGAAUGCUCUGUCCCAUGAGACCAAGGCCCUUCAGGAUUUAACCUUAGACAGAGCUAUUCUGCCUGGCCUUUGAUUUGAAUUCAGCCUGAUCUUUUAUUUCCCUUCCCUUCCCUCCCCCUCCCCUUUUAUGAAGAUCACCCGCUCUGAGACCCCACAGCUAAUUCUCCCCUGGCCUCCUCCCUGGCCCAAGUAGGACUAAUUCAGCCAGCUAGCCCUGGGGAUUAUCUAAUGCUUAUUAGAUGGAUUUCCCCUAAAUUGAUUUCUGAACUUUGAAUUUUAUUGUUAUCCAUGUUUUUAUACUGUAUUUUAUGCUGUUUUUACAAUUAAGUGUUUUAAAUUUGUUGUUAGCCGCCCUGAGCCUGGUUUUUUAACCAGGAAGGGCAGGGUAUAAAUAAAAAGUUUUAUUAUUAUUAUUAUUAUUAGUAGUAUUGUGGCAAUUCUUGCUGGUUAAAAAGUGGCUGUUCAUCUCCAAAACAGCCCUCAGGGGUGGCUUCAAAACAGAGAUAAGCCACUGACGUAGCGCUUACAUUUUUUCCCAUUAGACUAGACCAGACUAGACUAGACAAGAAUAGAAUAGAAUAGAAUAGAAUAGAAUAGAAUAGAAUAGAGGGUCCUGAGGGUCAUCUAGCCCCACCCCCUUCAAUUCUGGAAUCUCAGCCAAAGCAUCCAUGACAGAUGGCCAUCUAACCUCUGCUUAAAAACCUCCAAGUCCACCAUCAUAUCAUCAUAUCAUAUAUUAUCAUAUCAUACCUGCAUUGUGGGGGGUUGGAAUAGAUGACCCUCGGGUUCCUUCCAGCUCUUAAGAUUCUAUAAAUUACAUAUUUAGAAACAAUAACCCAGGGGUAGGCAACCUAAGGCCCGGAGGCCAGAUCACCUUCUAAAUCCGGCCCGCGUACGGUCCGGGAAUCAGCGUGUUUUUUACAUGAGUACAAUACGUGCUUUUAUUUAAAACGUAUCUCAGGGUUAUUUGUGGGGCAUAGGAAUUCGUUCAUAUAUUUUUUUCAAAAUAUAGUCCGGCCCCCCACAAGGUCUGAGGGACGGUGGACCGGCCCUCUGCUGAAAAAGGUAAAUAGUAAAUUGAAGGCGUUAAUUUUACUAGAAAGAUGAUUUUGGAGAGCUGUUACAAGGUGAUACAUUGAAGUUCAGUUAGGCGGGAUUCGAGGAAGUCAGUUAACAACGAAAGAUAAAUUGGGUUUAACAAGUAAUAUGUGUUUAUAUUUUUGUUUCUUUUUAGUACUGUAAUGUGUUUUCUUUUUUUAAAAAAAAAAUAAUAUUUAUUAAAAUUUCACAAGGAAAAAAAACCCACAUUAAUAAAGAAAAAAUUAACAAUAAAAAGAAAAAAUACAAAGUAACAAAGGAAAAAACAAUUAAAAACAAUUUCAUCUUUUCCUCACUUCUUUUACAUUUACUUGUUUCUCGGACCUCCUCUUACCUCCCUCUUUUGUAUUCUAAUUAAAUAUGUUAGUCCAACAGUUCCUUUCCCUCCUUUUUAAUCCUAAUCUUUAAUCUUGAUAUAAUAUAGCUUUAAAUUUUAGAUUUUACAUAUUAAAACCAAUUUUUCCAUAUUCUUUUAGCCUGUACAGCUAGAAACCCCUUAACUUCAAUCCAACAUCAUUCUAACAUUCAUUAAUUUUGCAGUAUUUCUGUAAAUAGUCUUUGAAUUUCUUCCAAUCUUCUUCCACCGACUCUUCUCCCUGGUCACGGAUUCUACCAGUCAUUUCCGCCAAUUCCAUGUAUUCCAUCAUUUUCAUCUGCCAUUCCUCCAGUGCGGGUAGAUCUUGUGUCUUCCAAUACUUUGCAAUGAGUAUUCUUGCUGCUGUUGUAGCAUACAUAAAGAAAGUUCUGUCCUUUUUUAACACCGAUUGGCCGACUAUGCCCGACUAUGUAAUGUGUUUUCUUUUGUGUGUUUUUUAUGUUAUAUUUGUUAUAAAUGUGGAAAUCAAUUUUAAAAAAUUGAAUUUUUUUUUUGAAAAAGGUUGCUGACCCCUGCAAUAACCUGUCCCUUCCCCCUUUCUUCGCAUGCCCAUUUUUGUCCUGCAGACACUUACGGAAAGCUCUGCCUCCUCAACUCCGUCGGCCAGGAGAUGUCCCGCUGCAAGACGUCCCUCCGCCGGGGGCAGCCGAAUCCCGUCUACAAAGAGACUUUCGUCUUCCAGGUUGCCUUGUUCCAGCUGUCGGACGUCACGCUGAUGAUCUCCGUCUACAACCGCCGCAGCAUCAAGCGCAAGGAGAUGAUCGGCUGGCUCUCCAUGGGGCAGAACAGUAGCGGGGAGGAAGAGCUGAGCCACUGGCAGGAGAUGAAGGAAUGCAAGGCUCAGCAGGUGUGCCGGUGGCACACUCUCCUGGAAUCCUAA